GCGGGGCCAUGGUACGUCAUUGGGGCGCGCACUGCGGACGACGCUGUGGUUGCCGGAAGUUGAGCGGCGUAGGCAACAAAUAAUGGCAGCAGCUACGGGGGAUCCGGGACUCUCCAAAUUGCAGUUUGCCCCCUUUAGCAGUGCCUUGGAUGUUGGAUUCUGGCAUGAGUUGACCCAGAGGAAGCUGAAUGAGUAUCGGCUGGAUGAAGCCCCCAAGGACAUUAAGGGCUAUUACUACAAUGGUGAUUCUGCUGGGCUGCCAGCUCGCUUAACAUUGGAGUACAGAGCAUUUGACAUGAGUGCUCCCGCCCCAGCCCGUUGCUGCCCAGCUGUUGGAACACUUUAUAACACCAAUACACUUGAGUCCUUUAAGACUGCAGAUAAGAAGCUACUUUUGGAACAAGCAGCAAACGAGAUAUGGGAAUCAAUAAAAUCGGGUGCUGCUCUUGAAAACCCUGUGCUCCUCAACAAGUUCUUCCUCUUGACAUUUGCAGAUCUGAAGAAAUAUCACUUCUACUAUUGGUUUUGCUACCCUGCCCUCUGUCUUCCAGAGAGUAUACCCCUCAUUCAAGGGCCAGUGGGUUUACAUCAAAAGUUUUCACCAAAACAGAUUAAAGCCCUUGAGCAUGCAUAUGAUGAUCUUUGUCACACAGAAGGAGUCACAGCCCUGCCUUACUUCUUAAUCAAGUACGAUGAGAACACAGUGCUGGUUUCCUUGCUUAAACACUGCAGUGAUUUCUUCGACAGUCAAAGGACAAAGAUAACUGUUGGUGUAUAUGACCCCUGUAACUUGGCCCAGUACCCUGGAUGGCCUUUGAGGAAUUUUUUGGUCCUAGCAGCCCACAGAUGGUAUUUACAAGUGAGUAGCCGUUUCCAGUCUGUGGAGGUGCUUUGCUUCCGGGACCGCACCAUGCAGGGGGUGAGAGACACCGCCCACAGCAUCAUCUUUGAAGUGAGGCUUCCAGAAAUGGCGUUUAGCCCAGAUUGUCCUAAAGCAGUUGGGUGGGAGAAGAACCAGAAAGGAGGCAUGGGACCGAGGAUGGUGAACCUCAGUGAGUGCAUGGACCCUAAAAGGUUAGCUGAGUCAUCCGUGGAUCUAAAUCUCAAAUUGAUGUGUUGGAGAUUGGUCCCUACUUUGGACUUGGACAAGGUUGUGUCUGUGAAAUGUCUGCUGCUUGGAGCUGGCACCUUGGGCUGUAAUGUAGCCAGGACACUCAUGGGCUGGGGCGUCAGACACAUCACGUUUGUGGAUAAUGCCAAGGUCUCCUACUCCAAUCCUGUGAGGCAGCCUCUCUAUGAAUUUGAAGAUUGCCUAGGGGGUGGUAAGGCCAAGGCCCUGGCUGCAGCAGACCGGCUCCAGAAAAUAUUCCCCGGAGUGAAUGCCAGAGGGUUCAAUAUGAGCAUCCCCAUGCCUGGACACCCAGUGAACUUCUCCAGCGUCACCCUGGAGCAAGCCCACAAGGAUGUGGAGCAGCUGGAGAAGCUCAUCGAAAGCCAUGAUGUCAUCUUCCUGUUGAUGGACACCAGGGAGAGCCGGUGGCUUCCUGCUGUCAUUGCUGCAAGCAAGAGAAAGUUGGUCAUCAAUGCUGCCUUGGGAUUUGACACAUUUGUGGUCAUGAGACACGGCCUGAAGAAACCUAAGCAGCAAGGAGCUGGAGACUUGUGUCCCAACCACCCUGUGGCAUCUGCCGACCUCCUAGGCUCAUCCCUUUUUGCCAACAUCCCUGGCUACAAACUUGGCUGCUAUUUCUGUAACGAUGUGGUGGCCCCUGGAGAUUCAACCAGAGACCGGACCUUGGACCAGCAGUGCACUGUGAGCCGCCCAGGACUGGCCAUGAUUGCAGGAGCCCUGGCGGUGGAGUUGAUGGUUUCUGUUUUGCAGCAUCCAGAAGGGGGCUACGCCAUUGCCAGCAGCAGUGACGACCGCAUGAAUGAGCCUCCAACCUCUCUUGGGCUUGUGCCUCACCAGAUCCGGGGAUUUCUGUCACGGUUUGAUAACGUCCUUCCUGUCAGCCUAGCAUUUGACAAAUGUACAGCUUGUUCUUCCAAAGUUCUUGAUCAGUAUGAACAAGAAGGAUUUUCGUUCCUAGCGAAGGUGUUUAAUUCUUCACAUUCCUUCUUAGAAGACUUGACUGGUCUUACGUUGCUACAUCAAGAGACCCAAGCUGCCGAGGAUCAUCUUUCUGUCAUCCAGCCCAGGAAUGGCACCUACCCCGCCCAUCGGGCCACGCGAUCUCUGGGGCCGGCCACCUCGUCUGAAAUAGAUACGUACCAGCUCUCAGGCAGAACAAUUCCCUACAUUCAUACUUGAAUAUAUAUUUUACAAUAUUACCUCGUUUGUCUUUGUAGGUUUGCUCCUGUCUCAAGUCAAAACAAAAAAAAAUUCCUGACUAGAGUUACUGCUAAUGAGCCAAACUGCCUCUUUUGAGGUUCUCUACUCUCUUUCUGGAGCCCCUGGGCAUGCAAAUGGUUACAUACUAGGCUGCUAAUUAAAAGGUUGGAGGUCCACCCAGAGGCACCUUGGAAGAAAGGCCUGGAGAUCUACGUCGCAAAAAUCAGCCACUGAAAACCCUUAUGGAGCACCAAACCAAAAACCCAGUGCCAUCAAGUCAAUUCCAACUCAUAGUGACCCUAUAGGACAGAGUAGAACUGCCCCAUAGAGUUUCCAAGAAGCAUCUGGCAGAUUUGAACUGCCAACCCUUUGGUUAGCAGCCAUAGCACUUAACUACUACACAGGGUUUCCCUCUAUGGAGCACAGUUCUACACUAAUAAACGUAGGGUGGCCAUGAGUUAGAAUCAACUCAACGGCAGCUGGUUUAACUCUCUGUCCCUAACCCCAACCCACUUGUACCUAGCCCACCUUCAAUGAGUAAUCAAGAGAAGAAAAGUCUAGUACCAUCUCCACCCCACCCCCCACAUGAUAUAGACCCCAGGUUUCCUGGCCAGGCCUUUGGAGAGGAUGGCUCGGCCCCCAUGUUCCCAAAGCUGCCUCUUCCUUCUUUGUGGGAUGUCUCUUCUGCCCAUAUCCACCACAAAAGUAUGCUGUCAGUCAGAAGUGGCUGACCCUGGAAGACUGCCCUUUCUUUGCAUCCCUUUCCCAGGUUUUCCUGCUGAAAACAGCACAUUCUCAAGAUGAAACAACAACCAAUUCCGCUCUCUUUUUCAUGUUGUUUUUGACCAUGUUGUUCUUGGCAGUCCAACUUCUAGGCUUGGGAGUAGAAUUGAUAGCUUAAAGUGUAAAUGUUUAAAUCGAUUGGGAAUAUGGAGUCUUAGCUCCUCUGGAUGAUUUGCCAGUGUCUGUGGCUUCACCCACCAGUGCCCUUGAGUGUCUCCUUGACUUUAUAACUGGCUCGUCUCUGAGAGUGUCCCCCGUCUCUCUCAGCCAGCCCUGAGUGUUGGGGUCCUUUCCCACUUCCUGGACCAAGUGCUGGAAGUAAAAGAGACUGUUUUCAAUCUCUGAAUUCCACCCUACGGUCAAGGGCUCCAGAGUCUGAUGCUGUGGUCUGGCCAGAGGGACUACAAAGCCAAGUCAUUGUAUCACUGUGCACAUCCCUGCUCUGAGCUUCGCUUCUUUCUUGGCAUUGAAUUGAUCUUCCAUCUCAGAGUAACUGUGAAGAUCCAAUGAGAUAAUGUAGUCAUAUCUGAAAUGCUUUGUGAAAAGGAAGACGUAACAACAGCAAGAAUAAAAAUAACAGCUCCUACCUUAUCUGCACCUGCUGUAUACCAGCAAAUGGUUAACACACUGGGCUGCUGACUGAAAGGUUGGAGGUUCAAGUCCUCCCAGAAGUGCCUCUGAAAAAGGUUCUGGUAUCUCCUGCUGAUAAACCAGCCUUUGAAGACCCUGUGGGACACAGUUCUCUGUUCUGACCACGGGGUCCCCAGGAGCUGGGCUCAGCUCAGAGGCCACUGGUGUGGUGUGCUGCUGUGUACCAGUUACUGUGCUUAGUGCCUUAUCUAACCCUGACAACUACUCUGGAAAAAGCAUUAGUAACCCCAUUUUAUAGAUGAGGAAAAUGAGGCUCAAACAGUUGCAGUGACUGGCCCAGGCUCGCAUCCUUAGGGAAAGUGGCAGCAUCAAGAUCUGAGUGCAGCCCAUGUGACCUUAAGGUCCACGCCCUCAGCUAUUAAGCAGAAUAUUUUCCUGCCCAUUUCAUCAUUUGUAAUGUGGCGUAAUGAACUUUCAAGGUGGGUACUUGCAGUUCUUUUCCUUGGGAUACCUACUUUACCCAUUUUCAGAUCAGCAAGCAGUCUCUGUACUCAGGGCUUAACUCCCCUCCACUGAAGGAUUUUGGUGACAUUCCCUCUGGGAGAGGGAGACAGGGGCUGUGGCCACCUGUGUCAGGAAUCACCACCCAUUGUUGGUACCCACACUCACCGCUCUGAUGCGCUGACUGCGUGUUAACCGACCUGAUGGUGGUUCUGUCACGUAAGCCACUUGCUGGCAAGAUGCCUACGGCUCAGAAAGGGCACAGACAUUUGUGUUUCUGUCAUCGAUGGUGGGCUGGUAGGAGGCGAGCAUUGAGAAUAACUCUGCUUCUCAGAGUCUCUGGGCAGGUGUGAGUUAACGGAGCUGCUGGCACAGCACACUGCUAGCCACAAGGAGAACUAGAAAUAAAAGGCAGGGCUCCUGUGUAGGGCCCCCAUCCUGUUGCCAAGACAGGACAAGCAUUGUGACUAAUUAUGAUGUGUGUAUUUGGCAGCGUAGGGUUAAGUGCAUCAACAAAGAGAAUUCAGAGAAGGGAGAGGUUAGUGUGGGCUUGAGGAAAGGCGUCAUGAAAGAGAUGAAUGUGAUGUGGGCACUGGCAUGUGUGGCUAGAACGGGGAGAAGAGAGAAGAAUGUUCCAAACAAGAGAAAGAGCCAAGUGUAUCUGGUCAGAAAUGCUUCCUUCCUGAGAGAAUUCGAUAUAUUUUGAAUUUUAGUUUUAAUUCCAGAAAAGGCGCAUGAUAAUACUUGCCACUUUUUAGAAUGUUCAUGUCUUAAGUGAGAAAUGGUGCUGGCAGUUCUAUCAACAUGUCUUAAUUAGCUGUUUAUUUACAAGACACUUUCCCAGGGGCAAUGAGAGAAUUGAAAGCAAGUGAGACUGUGCUGGUGGUUGCAUGGAUGUAUGUAUAUGUGUCUUAAAACUCACAGAGCUGUUCACACACACAUACACAAAAAGUCAGUCUUACGUAUGUAAAAUUUUAAAAUAAUAUAUUUUUUAAAGUGUAUAAGAUGAAGCCUUCUCCUGCAAGGGCUUACAGUUUGAUAGGGGGGAUAGGACAGUACAGUGUCCUCCAUGGCUGAACAAGGCCUAUGCCACAGAAAGAUUGGAAAAAAAGAAUGCGUGGAGGCGUGAAGCCAGGAUAGAGCACCGCUGGCUAUGGGAAAUACAAAACGUUUUCCCAGCAGAGUAGCAUAUACAACAAGAUCUUACGACGUGGAAUGUCCAGAAUUAAGACAUGGGAGCAGGGAGGCCUGCUUUGGGAGCAGCUCAUGUUCCCUUCUGUGUGGAACAUAGGACGUAAUUCCCACACCGAUCUUUGUGAAGCACCAACUCUGGGCCAACCUCUGUGUUAGGGCUGGGGACUCCAAGAUGAAAAGACUCCAGCCCUGUCCUUGAGGAGUUCCAGCCCAGUUGUGGGAAGAUGGACAUGCAGUUACGUACUAGGCUGCUUACUGAAAGGGUGGAGAUUCAAGUCCACCCAGAGGAGCCUUGGAAGAAAGGCCUGGUGAUGCACUUCUGAAAAAUCGCCCGUUGAAAACACUAUAGAGCACCCUUCUGCUCCAUCACACGUGGGGUCGCCAGGAGUCAGAAUCAGCUCGAAGGCAACUGUUUUUUUCUUUUUCCUUUUUUUUUUUUUAAGGUAGGAGGGUGUUUGGUUUUUGUACCCAGAGGAAGCCAGGGAAGAGGGACCUGACUAACCCAGUCCUGGGAGCCUUCGCUAAUAGCCUUCCGGAAGAAGCAGCCCGUCUAAGGCGUGACUGGAAAGAGCCACAAAGAGAAGGAAAGAGGGAAGAACACUCCAAGCUAAAGCAACUGCAUGUAAAGGCCCACAGAUGAGUGAGAGGAAGAGAGAGGAUCUGAGUUGAAAGUAGCUCAUUGGAGCUGGGGAGAAGGGUAAGCAGGGCCUUCAGGCAGGGUCCGUCAGCUCUAUGAGGACAUUCAGACGUCAUGCUGAGACCCAUGGGGACGACCAAAGUCUUGAGCAGGGUCGCAUGAUGAGGUCAUGCUUCAGAAAGAUGACCGACCCCAGUGUGGAGACAAUAUUGAAGAUGAUCAAUUUGACUCAAGGAAAUCAGUGCGAAGACUGUUCAGUCCUUGUCAGAGGGGACAGUGGCUGGCAAAGAACAGAACAGAAAGAAAUGGAUAAAUUGAGGAGGUAGUUACAUGAUAGACUCCACAGGGCCUAGGGAUUGGUUGGCUCUGGAGGUGUAAUGGAUUGAAUUAUGUCCCCCCAAAAUAUGUGUCAACUUGGUUAGGCCAUGAUUCCCAGUAUUGUGUGUUUGUCCUCCAUUUUGUGAUUGUAAUUUUAUAUUGAGAGGAUUAAGGUGGGAUUGUAACACCACCCUUACUCAGGUCACCUCCCGGGUCAAGGAAAAGGGAGUUUCCCUGGGGUGUGGCCUGUACCAACUUUUAUCCCUCAAGAGAUAGAAGGAAAGGGAAGCAAGCAGAGAGUUGGGGACCUCACACCACCAAGAGAGCAGCACCAGGAGCAGGGUGAGUCCUUUGGACACAGGGUCCCUGCACCUGAGAAGCUCCUUGACCAGGGGAAGAUUGAGGACAAGGACCUUCCUCCAGAGCUGAUGGAGAGAGAAAGCCUUCCCCUGGAGCCGACAUGCUGAAUUUGGACUUGUAACCUACUAGACUGUGAGAAAAUAAAUUUCUCUUUGUUAAAGCCAUCAUAGCAGCACUAGAUGACUAAGAUGGGGUGAAGGAGAGGAAGGGACUAAAGUGCUCCCUGGAUUCUAGUUCAGAAAGCCUGGUGACACGUACCAUUCACUAAGAGGAGAUUCAAAAAGAGGAGGAGGUGGAGGAGCUGAAAGGGGAGGGAUAGGGAGUAAAGCUAGAAAGUCCAUUAGAACCCUACCAUGAGGGUAUUGAAUGUCAGGGUUGAUACUUUGUAUUGAAAACACCGGGUACAAUCUUACUACAAUUGCUGUUUGUUGCCGCUCUUUAAUACAUCAGCUUUUGGCCAGAACCUGGGAUAUAAAUGGACAUCUGGAAAUUGUUAAGAGUCUAGAGUAAACAGCUGACAGCCUUCGCAUUCCCAAAGUGGCCCAUACCCAAACUGACAAUCGGGGCUUGCUGGAGCGUAGAGAAAAAUUUGAUUCGAGCCUAAAAGCCAAUGUAGUUAAUUAAAAGAGAAUGGCGUUGACUGAAUUUUAACAAUUAUUUCUUAAAGUAUUGAAUUUAAAUGGUAAGUUAAACAACAGAACAACCUCCACCUCUCUUGACCCUAAUUUUCUCAUCUGGUAAAUGAGGGGAAAGACCUGUUGCAUCUCAGGGUUUCCUUGCAGCUGUGAUAAUCUAGUCUAAUGAAAAUUUUCGUCAAGAUUUUGUUAAAAUUACUAUGUGAAUAAGCACACAGAAUACAGCACCACCCCUUAUUAGAUCAAGAUUUUUUUGUACCCAGAACUUGAAUUUUGAAAGCCUAACUUGUCAGAUUUUCCAGAAUGCAAAACCCCGACCAAUGAGCUGUUACUGUUUGAAAAUACUGUAUCCUCUGAAGCUUGGACCUUAUCUUUAAAAAGCAAAACAAAAACAAAGUUCCAUGUUUACAGCAAUGAGUGGUGCAAACAGUUAACAUGCUCAGCUGCGAACCAAAGGUUGAAGGUUUGAGUCCACCCACCAGAGACACCUCAAAAGAAAGGCCUGGCAAUCUACUUCCAAAAAAUUAGCCAUCGACAACCCUAUGGAGUACAGUUCUACUCUGACACACAUGGAGCUGCGCGUGAGUUGGAGUGAACUUGACAGAAACUAGGUUGUUUUUUUGUUUGUUUUUUAACUAACAAAAGCAAAUAUUUAUCUUGUGUCGUAUAAGGAACACAGGUACUAUCUUAAUCCCCAUUUUAAUGAUGAAGAAACAAAUUAUUGUUAGCUGCCAUGGAGUUGGCACCUGACUCAUGGUGACCGCACACACAAGGGAAAUAAACGCUGCCGGUCCUAAACCAGCCCCGGAAUUAGUUAUGAACGAGACAGCUGUGAUCCAUAGAGGUUUCACUGGCUGAUCUUUGAAAGUAGAUCACCAGGCCUUUUCUCCUAGUCUGUCUUAGUCUUGAAAGCUCCACUGAAACCUGUUCAGCAUCAUGGCAACACGCAAGCCUCCACUGACAGUUGGCAGUGGCUGCACGUGAGGCCCACUGGGUAGGAAUCAAAGCUGGGUCUCCCACGUGGAAGGCAAGAAUUCCAUCACUGAACCACCCGUGUCUCGUGAGGAAACAAAUAGAUGAAGGUAAUUGUUUCAGACCCUGCUGCUUCCUUGGUGGACUAUUUCUGGAUAGUGAAUCUUACUGAGAUUUUGUUCUGAUGCUAUUCUUAGAAAUGACUUGAGAAGCAGUUGCAGCCAACUCUUUUUCUCAGUACCAUGGUAUAAAAUGGGCACAUACCGUCUCCGGACUUAGGCUCAAAAUAUUACAGCUGCGAUUACUGAAGUCUGUUAGUGAAAGGAGUUUUUAUGCUAUCUUAAAGAUUUUUUGUUUUCAGCCCAAAUUAUCCUCACUUUCAGAUAAUGAUACUUUUUGGAGGGGGCAUUUUAAGAAGGAAAUAGCUUUGGGGGUCACAUUCAUAUGACCUGCGGCUGUGUUGGUCUUUCAGUAAGUAAGAGGAGGGAGCCUGUCAGAUACCCAAGUAGCACCUAUGUGCUUGAGACUUUGACACAUAAAUUUAUUUAAUUUUCACAAGAAUCUUGUGAGACAAGGAACCUUAGGCUCAGAGAAAUUGAGUAGACUUACCAGGGUCACACAGGUCAACAGUGGAAAGGCUGGAAUUUGAACCCAGUUCAGUCAGAGCCAAACUCGUGCUCCUCAACUCUACAGCUACUCUACCAUGCUUGGGAGACCCCUGGUUAAAACUGCUUCUCCGGCAGUAUUCUAGUAGAGACCUAGAAUGUCUGAAUGCCACUGUCUUCCUUUUGUUUAUUCACUUAGUAAACAAAUGGAGAUGAUGUAUCUACCUCCCUCACAGGGAUAUUUUGAGGAUUAAAAGAGAUAGGAUCCACAUAAAGCUUUUGGCUUACCACUUGGCAGUAAGUACUCACUAAACAGUAGCUAUUAUGGCUGCUGAGUGGCUGCUGUGCCUGGCACAGCCCUAGGUGGGUUGUGGAAAGCAGUAUAUCAGCUUCCUAGGCCUACCCUAAUAAAGUACCACAAACUAGGUGGCUUAAAACAAUAGGAAUUUACUGCCCCACAGUUCUGGAGGCUAGUAUUCUGAAUUCUGGGUGUUGACAGGGUCAUGUUCUCCCUGAAGGCUCUAGGGAAGAUCCUUUUUUGGAGCUCCCAGCUUCUGGUAGCCCCGGCUGUUCCUUGGCUUGCAGCUGAAGCAUAGUGCCUUCUCUGCCCCACCUUCACAGCCAUCUUUGCUGGGUGUCUGAGUUUGUGUCUGUUCUCUUUUUUAAGGGCACCACUCAUACUGGAUUAGGACCGCCUACUCCAAUAUGGGAAACCCUGGUGGUGUAGUGGUUAAGUGCUACGGCUCCUAACCAAAAAGGUCAGCAGUUCACAUUUGCCAGGCGCUUCUUGGGAACUCUACAGGGCGGUUCUACUUUGUCCUAUAGGGUCGCUAUAAGUCGGAAUCAACUCGACGACAGUGGGUUUGGUUUUUUUGGUUUUACUCCAAUAUGACCCCAUGUUAACUGGUAACAUUUUUAAAGAUUCUAUUUCCAAACAAGGCCAUAUUCAUGGGUACAGGAUUAAGACUGUGACUAUCUUUUGGGGAGACACAGUUCAACCUAUAAAAUAUAAGGAAGACACCCUCUGUGCCCUGGUGGAGCCCACAGACCUGUGAAGGAAAUGGCCUAAACAAAUAACAAACACAAUAGUGAAAGUUGAGGGCAGUGGUGGUUCCGGGGCAGAAUGUUCACCUUCCAUUGAGGAGGCUUGUGUGUUGCUGUGAUGCUGAACGGGUUUCAGCAGAGCUUCUAGACUGAGACAAACUGGGAAGAAGGGCCUGGUGAUCUACUUCUAAAAAUCAUUCAGUGAAAAUCCUCUGGAUCACAAUGUGUCACCACGAGUUGAGGCCAACCCCACGGUAGCUGAAGCAGCAAUGAGAUCACCCCUGACAAACUUGGUCACGGAAAUCAUUCUGUGGAUCUGGGCUCUGAGUUGUCAGAAACUAGCAUUGUGUUUGGGAAGUGGGUUUUCCCUCUUUAAAAAGCCAGUAUUUAGUGGGAACCCUCACCCUCUUGCACUUACCCCUGAAAAUUAGGCACAAACAGUUGGGACCUUCUCUCCACGGCAUUAGCAUUCUGUAAGUAUGUGUGUUUUCUAGCACUUGAGGCUGCCAUGUUAGUGUAAUGGGGGGUAGUGGUUGCUUCAGGCCACACAUGGGGGUUGGGGGGAGAAUAAGUAAAAAACCCCAAAACCAUUACAGUUAAGUAGAUUCCAAUUCAUGGUCACCCCAUGUGUUACAGAGUAGAACUGUGCCCCAUAGGGUUUUCCUGGCUGUAAUCUUUAAUCUGUAUAGCCAGAAUCCUCCUUAAAAACAAGGAUGGUGAGACUUCAUUUCACGUACUUUGGACAUGUUAUCAGGAGCAACCAGUCCCUAGAGAAGGACAUCAUGCCUGGUAAAAGUAGAGGGUCCACAAAAGAGAGGAAGACCUCAAUAGAUGGACUGACUGACACAGUGGCUGUAAUGAUGGAAUCAAGCAUAGCAACAAUUGUGAGGAUGGUGCAGGACCAGGCAGUGUUUUGUUCCAUUGUACAUUGGGUCGCUAUGAGUAGGAACCAACUUCAUGGCACCCAAAACAACGAUAAUCUUUAAGGAACCAGAUUGUAAGGGCUUUCUUCUAUGGAGCAGCUCAAUGCGAGGGGCAAAACUAUAGACCAUCUGGUUGGGUUUCCUUUCCUGUAACAUGGAAAUGAUGGUAACAGUGGCUGCCUAACAGGGUUGUUGGGGAGAUGGGGGAAGGUAAUCCCAACAGAUACUAGAUUAUGCGAUAAUAAACAUAAAGCAUUUAAGAUCUGUAAGACACUAAGAACAAGUCAAUUGCCAUUAGUAAUAAUGACCUGGAAAAACCAGCAACACCUGAAGCAACUAGAUGUGUGAUAACACCAAUUGUACACACUAGAUAUUGCCAGAAUACUACAGGAAAUGGGGGUGCGACUGGUAUCAGCCUAGGAAAGUGGUGGUUCAGGGAAGCAUCACCCAGGGGGCAAGUCAUAAAUGCAGAGAUCAUGGAGAUGUGGUGGAGGACACUAGGCGGACAUUCCAGGUCAGGAGAAAGGCAGAUGGAUUGGCAGGGCCUGGGAAGGAGCUAUAGAAUGAGGGACAUUAAAGCCCCCCUAAUGCAAGGCUCUGCACCCGGAAGGUCCCUUUCUAAUCUGCUGCCAGGGUCUGCCAAAAAAGCAACUUGGCACGACAUCCCAGCAAGCUACAUAGGGAAUACAUUUAGAGAAGAACUUGAUGUGGGCAUUGCCAUAUGUGUGUAGAACUGGAAGAAGAAAGAAUAUUCCAAACGAGAGAAACAGUCAAGUGUAUCUGACCUAGUUUUGAAAUGGUUCCUUCCUGAGAGAGUUUGAUAUAUUUUGAAUCAUAGUUUCAAUUCCAGAAAAGACACAUGAUAAAACCUGCCACUUUUCAGAAUGUUCAUGUCUAAACUGAGAAAUGGUGCUAGUUAUUCUACUGAACAUGUCUUGACUGUAUAUUUCACAAGACACUUCCCCAGGGGCAACGAGAGAAUUGAAAGUGAGUGAGAUUGUGGUGGUGCUUACACAGAUGCACAUACAGAUAUUAAAAUUCACAGAACUGUUCACAAAAACACAACAAAAAAGAUAAAAUGCUUGAGUGCCUACUAGUAUUGUGUCGUUGCUGGGUACUGUCAAGUUGAUUCUAACUCAUAGCGAUAAUUGUAUGACAGAGUAGAGCUGCCCCAUAGGGUUUCCUAGACAGUAAUCUUUACUGGAGCAAACAGCCAGGUCUUUUUUCUUGAAGAGCCACUGGUGGCAAACCUCCGACCUUUGGGUUAGCAGCCCAGCCUUCGAACUGUUGCACCACCACCAGGGCUCCUUACUGGUAUUGUACUACAUGCUUUAUAUGUCCUGGAUCUUUCCCACUACCCUAUGAGGUAGCUGCCAUUAUUAGCCUCAUUUUACAGACAAGGACACUAAGGAACAAAGCUCUUAAGUGAUUUGCCCCAAGGUCAUCAGCUAUUAAGAGGCCAAACCAGAGUUCCAUUUCAGAUCUGUCUAUCCCCGGAACCCAAGCUCUUAGCCCAGUGUUACAAGGUUAUUCUUGACAGGGAAAUAUUUUUGUGCUUCCCAAAUCCACUGAGCUUAUUUCUCUCAGUUAUCUUCUAUUUGGGAACGUUCCUGGUGAAGAGUUAAUCCAACACAGUAGAAAUUUGUGAAUCUCUGUGAUGAGGUAUCAGGAAACCCCAGAUAUCCUAAAGCCCAGGUCAUGUAUUUUUGGAGCUUCCUACUCUUUUGUCCACCACCUGUCAGUUUGUUGUACUGUGGUAGCUCGUGUGUUACUGUGAUACUGGAACCGGUAUUUCAAAUACCAGCAGGGUCACCCUUGGUGGACAGGUUUCAGCUGAGCUUCUAGACUAAGGCAGACUAUGAAGAAAGACAUGGCGGUCUACUUCUGAAAAAACUGACCUGUGAAAACCUUAUGAAGAGCACCAAACAUUGUCUGAUACAGUGCUGGAAGAUGAGCCCCUCAGGUUGAAAGGCACUAAAAAUACGACUGGGGAAGAGCUGCCUCCUCAAAGUAGAGUUGACCUUAAUGACGUGGAUCAAGUCAAGCUUUUGGAAACUUCAUUUACUGAUGUGGAAUGACUCAAAAUGAGAAAAAAUAGCUGCAAACAUCAAUUCAUAAUCAGAACGUGGAAUGUACCAAGCAUGAAUCAGGAAAAUUGGAAGCUGUCAAAAAUGAAAUGGGAUGCAUAAAGGUUGAUAUUCUAGGCAUUAGUGAUCCAAAAUGGGCUGCUAUUGGCCAUUUUGAAUCAGAAAAUCAUAUGGUCUGCUGUGCCAGGAAUGACAAAUUGAAGAGGAAUGUUGUCGCAUUCAUCGUCAAAAAGAACAUUUCAAGAUCUGUCCUCGAGUACAAUGCUGUCAGUGAUAGGGUAAUAGCCAUACGCCUACAAGGAAGACUAGUUAAUAUGACUAUUAUUCAAAUUUACACACCAACCACUAAGGCCAAAGAUGAAGAAGUUGAAGAUUUUUACCAACUUCUGCAGUCUGAAAUUGAUCAAACAUGCAGUCAAGACACAUUGAUAAUUACUGGUGAUUGGAAUGCAAAAGUGGAAACAAAGAAGAAAGAUUGGUAGUUGGAAAAUAUAGCCUUGGUGAUGGAAACGAUGCCAGGGAUCACAUUAUUAGAGUUUUGCAAGACUGACAGCUCUUUCAUUGCAAAUACCUUUUAUCAACAAUAUAAACAGCGACUAUACAUGUGGCCCUUGCCAGGUGGGAUACACAGGAAUCAAAUCGAUUACUUCUGUGGAAACAGAUAAUGCAGAAGCUCAAUAUCGUCAAUCAGAACCAGGCCAGGGGCCGACUUGGGACACCCCAUCAAUUACUCCUGUGCAAGUGCAGGUCGAAAGUUGAAGAAAAUCAGAGCAAGUCCGUGAGAGCCAAAGUACAACCUCGAGUAUAUCCCACCUGAAUUUAGAGACCGUAUCAAGAAUAGGUUUGACCCAUUGAACAGUAAUGGCCAAAGACCAGAUGAGUUGUGGAACGACAUUAAGGACAUCAUACAUGAAGAAAGCAAGAGGUCAUUAAAAAGAUAGAACAGAAAGAAAAGAGCAAAAUGGAUGUCAGAAGAGACUCUGAAAGUUGCUCUUGAAUGUAGAAUAGCCAAAGGAAGAAACGAAGUAAAAGAGCUGAUCAGAAGAUUUCAAAGGGCGGCUCAAGAAGACAAAGUAAAAUAUUACAACGAAAUGUGCAAAGACCAGGAGUUAGAAAACCGAAAGCGAAGAACACAUCUGGCAUUUCUCAAGCUGAAAGAACUGAAGAAAAAAUUCAAGCUUUGAGUUGCAAUAUUGAAGGAUUCUACAGGGAAAAUAUUAAACAACAAAGGAAGCAUCAAAAGACGAUGGAAGGAACACAAUCAGGAUUGGAGGAAGACUCAUUAACAACCUUUGAUAUGCAGAUGACACAACCUUGCUUGCUGAAGGUGAAGGGGACCUGAAGCACUUACUGGUGAAGAUCAAAGACCACAGCCUUCAGUAUGGAUUAUACCUCAACAUAAAGAAAACAAAAAUCCUCACAACUGGACCAAUAAACAACAUCAUGAUAAACAGAGAAAAUAUUGAAGUUGUCAAGGAUUUCAUUUUACUUGGAUCCACAAUCAACAGCCAUGGAAGCAGCAGUCAAGAAAUCAAAAGACACAUUGCAUUGGGUAAAUCUACUGCAAAGGACCUCUUCAAAGUGUUGAAGAGCAAAGAUGUCACCCUGAAGACUAAGGUGUGCCUGACCCAAGCCAUGGUAUUUUCAGCUGCCUCAUAUACAUGUGAAAGCUAGACAAUGAAUAAGGAAGACAGUAGAAUUGAUGUCUUUGAUUUAUGGUGUUGACAAAGAAUAUUGAAUAUACCAUGGGCUGCCAGAAGAACACACAAAUCUGUCUUGGAAGAAGUGCGGCCAGAAUGCUCAUUAGAAGCAAGGAUGACAAGACUUCGUCUCAUAUUUUGGGCAUGUAGUCCGGAGGGACCAGUCCCUCGAGAAGGAAGGACAUCAGUGAAGGUCAGUGAAAAAGAGGAAGACUCUCAGUGAGAUGGAUUGACACAGUAGCUGCAACAAUGGGCUCCAGCAUGACAAUUGUGAGGAUGGCACAGGACUGGGCAGUGUUUUGUCCUGUUAUGCAUAGGGUUGCUAUGAGUCGGAACCAACUCAAUGGCACCUAAAAACAUUAUUUUGUCCCUCCGCUCCUUUCUCUUGACUCAAGGGAAGUUUUCAGUAAUUUGGAGGAUGAUUGUGUGCUAGGAGACACUGGGGAAUUUCUGAAUAAGCUCAUGAUGUCUUCACCAGUCAGACAAGAGGGUGAUCCUCACGAUGUCCCUCAUUGUGCAGGUUAGCGAGUGACUCACAGGUUGGGCGAGGCCACUGCGACGCUACUGUGAGAAGCUGUGCAGAGUUGCUGGAGGGGUUUGGAGAAGGAGGAGCCAUAUCCCAAGGCAGCAGACAUAGGUAUUUAUGGAAUUUAGACUAAAUUCUAGUGUUCUUUUAUGUCAAAAUGGUAUGCCCAACUUUAAAAGUUUUUACCAGGCACUUCCAUAGGACUGUGAAUAAUGGGUACAAGCAAACCGCAGCUCCAAGUCAGCCGAUUGAAUGGGCACCGUGUCCUCUACUGCACCUGGCACUGACUGUGUUGGGGCUGGGCUGCCAGGAGAUGCAUGCUGAUUGAAUAUACACACUGUUCUGAUUUAGGGUUCGAAGGCACCUUUUCUCAAACUAGUAGAGAGCCCCAGAUCUAGAAUCAGAUUUGACAUCAAGUCUCAGCCUGCCACCUACCAGUUGUGUGGCCUUGAGCUGCUCACAUUUCUUCCUUCGGCCUUGUUUUCUCAUCUGUAAAAUGGACGUGCUGAUACUUUGAAGGGCUUUUCUAAGGGGCCAUCAGAAUAAUGGAGUCCCUGGAUGGUGCAAAUGGUUAACAUACACUAGUAACCAAAGGGUUAGAUAGAGGUUGAAGCCCACGCAGAGGCACCUCGGUCUGAUGAUCUACUUCCGAAAAAAAUCAGCCAUUGCAGAUUCUGUGGAGCACAGUUCUGUGCUGACACACGUGGAGUUGCCAUGAGUCAGAGUUGACUCGGCAGGUCCCUUAAAAGUCUGUGUAAAUGUUGGCAACAUAGUUUUGCACUGCAUGGGAAACACUUCUUAGGGAGUACCAAUAAUGCCCAACCCAAACCACUCAUACAUCCCGAGAACACCCCCAGGUUGUGAGGAUCAACCGGAAGUCAGGAUCAUUGUUCUUAAAAUCUUUGGCCAUCAACUAAAACUCCUACCUUUCCAUCUCUCCUCAUUCUAAAGUGGGGGUAGGGAGGGGGGAAUGUUCCGUCCAGUUAAAAUGAUCUUCAUAAAACUCUUAGCCGAAGCCUAUCUUCCCCCUGUCCUGAAAGCUUAUCUUCCCUCUGGCCUGGUGACCCACCGCAUACGAGUCACCUCCUCUGAGCCUGUCUCUACGCCCAGGGAGAGGAAGGGGAGGGUUACUUUUAAUUUUUACCAUAUGCAUGACUUGUUCCCCGGGCAGCCCAUUCCACCGUGAGGCACUGGUGAAUUAUACUGUGGUGUUUGAUUUAGAGUAAUGGGAAAGUCUGCUCGGCCAUCCCUCAGGGAGCCCUAAACUUUGAUUUGCCUUUGGGAGGGCGGGGAAUUCGCUGAAACCUGAUUUACAGUAUUGCCCUGGUGCUGAUUUCCUUUCACAUCCUAUAAAGGAAGUGCUCUGGUGAUAUUGGCACUGAGCAAGCAACAAAGGUUUUAAAAUGUCGGCUCUGGAAACAGAACUUCACCUUGUGAUGUUAGAAUAAUUAUACUGCACUUGGUCUCUGAUUACAGCCAAAACAACAGUUGCUAAAUUCAGUUAACAUGGAAAAAGCAGAAAGGAGGGGAAAGUCCGCCUAACCUAUGGCCAGGGACCGGUAAAAGGGCCUUCAGAUGGCCACCACCUCUUGGGUUCCCACUUGUCUGGUCCUAACUGCAGCAGAGUCGCCAGCACCGCCCCUUUCUUUUUUGUAGCCACAAGGGCUCUGCAUGUUGACACUAGCUGUGGGAACCUGUGAUUUAAAGGUGAGUUGAAAGAACUGCUUUUAUCCUUGAAGUAUGUAGCUGCAGGCCAAAACAGACAAACACUUUUUAACAAUCUCAGUUCAAAAGAAGUUGGAAGCAUUCUCUUCUUCCCCCUCAUGACUGCCUUCAUCAAAAGGAACCCCAAAUCUCUCCUCAGUUCAGGACCCCCUUCCUCUGGUUGUCUACCUGGUAGGCCCCCCUUGCUUAACGAAGCUGUCGCCUGCUCCAGUUGGAUUUGCAACACAUAAAAUGAAGGCUUUUCCCUCCAACCACUAACAGCGAAGCCUGUUUCUCUACCGUCACCACGGGAAACCCAAGCUUGAGUUCUGGGAUUUGGAGUUUCCCUUCAAGCGUGGCAUAUUAAAGAAAUAGAAGAGUGCUGUGCAGAGUAGUGGAAACCCUGGUGGUGUAGUGGUUAAGUGCUAUGGCUGCUAACCCAAGGGUUGGCAGUUCAAAUCCACCAGGCGCUCCUUGGCAACUCUAUGGGGCAGUUCUACUCUGUCCUAUACUCUGUCCUAUAGGGUCGCUAUGAGUCAGAAUCGACUCGACGGCACUGUGUUUGGUUUGGCUUUUGUGCAGAGUAGUGGCAGCUGCUCCAUUUUUCUCAGAAAAGCAAAAUUCUAAUAAAGAAUGUACAGUCUUUUUUAUUUUAUUGUGAUAAAAUAUGUAUAACCACAAGCUUGCCAUUUUCACCAUUUUUAAGUGUGCAAUUCGGUGACAUUAAUUACAUUCACUGUGUUGUGUUACUGUCACCACUGUCUGUCACUAGAAGUUUUUCAUCACCCCACACAGAAAGCCAGUACCCCUUCAGCAAUAACUCUCCACUGUCUUCUCCCCCAACCCCUGGUAACCACUAAUGAACUUCUGACCUCUCUAAGCCCUUGCUUAUUCUGAAUAUUUCAUAUAAGUGAGAUCAUACAAUAUUUGUCCUUUGUGUCUGACAUAUUUCACUCAGCAAAAUGUUUUUGGGAUUCAUCCAUGUUAGAGCAUGUAUCAGAAUUUUGUUUCUCCUUACAGCUGAAUAACAUUAUACUGUAUGACUGUACCACAUUUUUUAUUGUACUUUAGAUGAAGGUUUACAGAGCAAAUGAUUUUCUCAUUAAACACUUCAUACACAUAUAGUUUUGUGACAUUGAUUGCCAAUCCCAUGACAUGUCAACACUCUCCUCUUCUCAACCUUGGGUUCCUCAUUACCAACUAUCCUGUCCCCUCCUGCCUUCUCGUCCUUCCCCCUGGGCUGGUGUGCCCAUUUAGUCUUGUUUUGUUUUAUGGGCCUGUCUCAUCUUUGACUGAAGGGUGAGCCUCAGGAGUGACUUCAUUACUGAGCUAUGAGGGUGUCCAGGGGCCGUACACUCAGGGUUUCUCCAGUCUUUGUCAGACCGGUAAGCCUGGUCUCUCUUUGUGUGUGUGUGUGAGUUAGAAUUUUGUUCUACGUAUCUCUCCAGCUCUGUCCAGGCCCCUCUAUUGUGAUCCCUGUCAGAGCAGUCAGUGGUGGUAGCUGGGCUCCAUUUAGUUGUCCUGGACCUAGUCUGGUGGAGGCUGUGGUACUUGUGUGGUCCACUAGUCUUUUGGACUAAUCUUCCCCAUGUGUCUUUGGUUUUUUUCAUUUUCCCUUGCUCUAGACAGGUAUGCCACAGUUUGUUUAUCCAUUCAUCUGUUGAUAGACACUCGGGUUAUUUUCACCUCGUGGCCAUUGUGAAUAGUGCUACAAUGAGCAGUGGUGCACAUGUCUAAGUUCGUGCUUUCUGCCCUUUUGUAUAUAUAGCUAGGAGUGGAAUUGCUGGAUCAUAUGGUAAUUGUGUGUUUAGCUUUUUGAGGGACCACCACAGCUUUUCCGUAGUGGCUGCACCAUUUACAUUCCCACCAGCAAUAGACGAGGGUUCCAAUUUCUCCAUAUCCUUGCCAACACUUGCUGUUUUCCUUUUUUCUGGUAAUAGCCAUCCUAGAGGGUGUGAAGUGAUAUUUCAUUGUGGUUUUGAUUAUGUUUCUGUAAUGACUAAUGACUUUGAGCAUCUUUCUCAUGUGCUUAUUGGCCAUUCAUUUAUUUUCUUUAGAGAAAUGUCUAUUCAAGUCCUUUGCCAGCUUUUUAAUUGGGUUGUUUGUCUUGUUGUUGAGUUAUAGAAAUUCUUCAUAUAUUUUAGGUAUUAAACCAUUACCAGAUACAUGGUUCCCAAAUAUUUUCUCCCAUUCUGUAGGUUCUGUCUUCGCUGUGUUAUUGGGUUUUGAUACUACUAGUAAAUACCCUUCAUUCCAAGUCUACAGCAGAUUCCCCCUUGUCCUGACAACUUCCAGGUAUGGCUUUGCAUCUUCACAUCAUUGAGAACAUGACUCUUUAUCAGUGAGCAGGUGUUUAAAACAACACAGAAACAAACCUCAUACAUUCUGUAUUUUCCCCAGUUGAUGUGGCAUAGAAUUUGGGGACAUUUAUUCCUCUGUCUGCUCAAAUCACACAGUUAAUUCUUGAAAAGUAGAAACAAAGUGCCCCUCCUCUUUAGCCUGAGUGAUGGACUUUACUCAUUAGAGGUUCCCAGUAAAUCAUUUUUUUUUUUUAAUUCUUUUGUCCUUAUAGUUGUACUCACUUAUUUGUUGACUUAUUUGGCAUCUUUUAUACAGCCAGUUACUAGUAUCUAACUAGUGGUAGCCAUUUUGAACCAGAACACUGUCAACAGAUACGAAAAAAAUUUGUAGCCUCAUGUAUAAAAUGGAGAUUCUAUCUCUCUCACAGGAUGAUUUUGAGGGUCUAAAAUGCUAUGAUAGUUGAUAAGACUCGGUAAACCUUAAGUACCAUGCUGAUAUAAAUGAUUACUGGUGCCUGUGUUUCCCAGAUUCUGUAAGCUUGGAUCAUUAGUUUUGCUCAAGGAAUUCUGCCAUGGUAGAAUUUUGUAUGUGUUUUUAAGUUGCUAACUUAUAAACAAUAGAAUUGUUAAUAAUGUUCCUGAUUCUUUCUACUACAUUUUUCAAAUUGGUUAUUAUUAUUGGUGUACAGAAAGUCUAUUGAUUUUUGUAUGUGGAUUACAUAUCUAACAACAUCAUUGACUGUUUUAAUAGUUUGAAGAUUCUCUCAGGCUUUUCACACAGACAAUCAUGGAUAAAAAACAGUAGUUUGCGAUCUUCUUUUCUAAUUCUUAUACCUCUUAUUUCUUUUUCUUGUCUUAUUGUGUUGCCUAGGGCUACCAUAACUGUUAAAUAAAAGCACUGAUAGCAAGCAGAUUCCUUGAAUUAUUCCUGACUUUCCUGAGAAUGCUCCUCAACUUUUAACCAUUUUCCAUGAUGCUUGCUGUAGAAUUUUAUUAGGUUAAGGAAAGUCCCUUUUAUUACACAUUCGCUCUCUUACUAAAAUGGUGAAUGAAUGUUCGAAACAUUUCCUACAUCUGUUGAAAUGUUUAUUUUUUAUCCUUUUAUCUAGUAGCUUGGUAUAUUAGAUUAGUAGACUUUUGAUUAUGCAAACCAUCUUUGCAUUCCUGAGAUAAUGUCAUUUCCUUCUACCUGACUCAGAGUAACUGUCUCCCAUAGUUAAGAAUUUGCAUUCCUGGAAACUCACGGGCUGUCCAUGGCACCGGACUGUUUUUCAGGUUAUAAAAAUGCUCGGAAACAUUUAUCAGUAUGUGUCAGGAGUACACGGGAAGGAGCACUUGAAUUUGUAGUCAUGGGCCUGAUAGUCACAUGUAGGACCCUGGAGAGUUUAUGCAGAAGGCAAAAUAAAUUAAAGUUUUAGAAUCCUGUGUCCUAGAACAAACUUCAGCUGCCUGAGAAACAGUAUACUACCUUCCUGCUUUAAGACCUACAUGUUAAAAACAGGUUAGUGUUGAAGGAGAGCAGUUAAUGCUUAGUCUUUAUAAAAGACUCACAGGUUACAGGUAUGUAAGGGCUUUCAGAUGCCUUCUCUGUUUCAGAUGUUGCAACAUCCAAUGUAUGUAAGGCUUUGGAGAAGAUAUUUUCAUUUCUUUGUUUGUGACUACAAACAAAAGACUUUAUGGCCUUAAUCUAUGCAGAGAGGAGGCCUGGUGGCAGAGUGGUUAAGUGUUCAACUGCUAAACUAAAGGUUGGCAGUUUGAACCCACCAGCUGCUCCUCAGGAGAAAAAUGUAGCAGUCUGCUUUCGUAAAGAUUUAUAGCCUUGGAAACCGUAUGGACUGGUUCUACCCUGUGCUGUACUGUCACUGUGAGUCAGAAUUGACUCCACAGCCAUGGGUUUUAUCUAUGCAGAAAUUCACUGGUGACCUGAUUUGUGAUGCAUCCUGUUUCCAUGCCUACUGGCUGGAAUCGCUAAAUCUCCCCUACUUCGUGUGUUACUUGAAGAUCCCCCUGGGGUCACUUCUACUUCAGUUGUAUAUUUUCUGUUGCCUUCUCAUUUUUGUGACCUCGGGAAUAUGCGUAGCAAAGAAAAUGAAUUAAUGAGGAAAGGUUCUGUUUGCUGUUCUCAUUCAAAAGGCAAUCAUUUCACAGGGCAAGGAUUUCUGUCUGAAUCUUGUUUUCAGUACAAAUUCAAGAAUAUCAGCUUCACUGAGCAAAUAUUGAGCUUCUGUUUUUAAAUCAGCAAGUGUCAGACCCUGCAAAUGUGCCCAAGUAUAUUGAAGUUGCAAAGAGAUCCAAAAAACCAAACCAAACCCAGUGCCGUUGAGUCGAUUCCGACUCAUAACGACCCUAUAGGACAGAGUAGAACUGCCCCAUAGAGUCUCCAAGGAACACCUGACAGAUUCAAACUGCCAACCCUUUGAUUAGCAGCUGUAGCACUUAACCACUACGCCACCAGGGACCCUGCUAAUGUUAGUAUAUUGAAGUUGCAAUGGGAUAUAACUUACAAACACCUAAAACAUGUCUUCUACCUUCAGAGAGCUUACAGUCAAGUCAGUCAUUUAUCAUCACCAAUAUCUCAUAAGUCAGAUGGCUGUGUGCUUCCUGCAUGCAGGCCACCAUCAGAGACCUAGAGAAGACUACAGUAAAAAGGACUUGUCUCUGAUAUCACAGUCCAGAGUACAGUCCAGUGGGGGAGACAAUGCCAAACACGGAUGGAAAGUUAAAAAUAGCAUUACAAGUAUCAAGUCACAGUCCAGCAGAAGAGAGGUCAUAAACUGUCACCAUACUCAUACAUAGUAACUUUACCAGUCAGACUGUCACUAGGGGAGGGCUUUCUGAGGAAUGGGGUAGGAAUUGCAAAGGGGGGGUGGGCCCUGGGGGACACUGUAGGUAAGAGAACUUGGGCAGGAACAGUGGGGGAUAUCCCAUGUAGCUGGACAACAGGGCAUGAGAAGAGGGGAGGGGUGGAAGACAGGACUAAAGAGGUCGUAUCCUGAGGUACCUCAAAAGCCAGCCUGGGUGAGGAAUUUGUAUUUCAGCCCAAGGGUGCUGGGGAGGCUGAGAAGGUGAACUUCAGACAUGGGCUCAUUCUCAGUUAGCUUACUCACCCACACAAUGAGCAAGCUUCGCCAUCCUUUACUGGUGAGAGGGGAGGGGUCAAAAGACUUCUCUUUGGCUUGUUGUUGUUAAAAAACCCAUUGCCGUCAAGUCGAUUCCGACUUACAGCUACUCUAUAGGACAGAGAAGAACUGCCCCAUAGGGUUUCCAAGAGCACCUGGUGGAUUCGAACUGCUGAGCUUUUGGUUAACAGCCGAACUCUUAGCCACCACACCACCCGGUUUCCAGUUAGCUGCCAUGAAGUCCAUCUCCAACUCAUAGCAACACCAUGCAUAACAGGAUGGGACCAUUGUGAUCCAUAGUGUUUUCAUAGACUAAUUUUCAGACAUAGAUUGCCAGGCCUUUCUUCCUAGUUCAUCUUAGUCUGAACGCGUCACUGAAACCCAUUCAGCAUUAUAGCAGUACAGGAGCUUCCGCUGCAGUCGCAUGGCAGCUGUGCAUGAAGUGCGUUGGCUCGGAAUGGAACUCGGGUGUCCCACACGGAAGGCAGGGACUCUACCACCGCGCCGCCACUGCCCCCUCUCUUCUGCUUCGUUAUCAGUUGCUGUUGAGUUGAUUCUGACUCAGGGCCACCCCAUGUGACAGUAGAACUGUCCUAUAGGGUUUCCUAGGCUGUAGUCUUUACUGGAGCGAAUUGCCAGGUCGUUUACCUGUGGAGCCACUGAGUACGUUCAAACUAUUAACCUUUCUGUGAGCAGCCCAGUACUUAACCUUUGUGCCACCAGGGCUCCUUUCUCUUUUGCUUACUCCUUUUUAAUCUGAAGGUGGGCAGGAGGUGUUUGCACUUGCAGCAGGUGUGCCAGUGGCCUGUAUGGUGAUGUCUCUCUGGCUCCCAGCUGGUGGAGGGUGGCAGGUGAAAGGCAGGCAUGAGAACUGGAUGACCCACGCAGAGGUGGCGUAAUAUUCUUCCCACCUCAGCAGACAUGACGAAACAAACUCUGUCUGCUUUGAACAAUUAAUACAUUUGUCAGAGCAGCUUGUGGGGAGCGGGGUGGGCACAAGCAGCAGCGUGCUCUCAGUAGAAAAGUCCCCGGGCAUACUUACCGUCGUAAUUCUGUUUAGCAUUGCCAGUCCACGUGCUGGACAUCUAAGAUAAACAUUUUAGCAAGUGCAACCUUUUGAAUUUGAACAACCAUAAUGAUCUGAGCUGUGUCUUGGCCCGGAAGUAGCUUUUAUCGGUUUUCGGAGAAACUUGGACCCUGAAUUGUGAAGUAAUGAUUUGCUUUACUUGAGAACAGAAAUGCAAGAAAUACCGAAAUUAUUUCAAGCCACCGCACAACAUGGGCCUUAUCAUGCAAUCCUCUGAGAUCCCUGUUCUCCCCACACCCCCUCAGCUGACCCAGUGACCCCAUUUAACCAUGAUCUUCCUGUCUCUCUCCUAUUCUCCUUACUGGUGAAUAUGUCACAUCAUUUUACUCUUUAAAAUGAGCAACGCCUUCCUCCCCACAGUCCCCAUUGGGUGUCUCAUCAGCACAGGACUAUGGAGUUAGGCUCCUUAGAGAAGGACUCCAGGCCCAGAGAGCUGCUUGUCCUGCCCAUGCCCUCAGCUCAUUGGUCCUAAGGUGGAGACGAAAGCCCAGCUGACCUGACCUGGGCCUGGCACUCUGGGAGAGGGGGCUGUGACAGGAACCCAGCCAAUGCAAGCAUCCAGAGGAAGGGAAGGAAGGGUGAGAGCCGAGAGAACUAGGACUCUUGUCCCAUUACCUGAGAGGUGUGUGUGUUGGUGGCAGGGUGUUCAGGAACAGGAAAGACCUUAGUCACACUCCAUGGUUGGCACUUGCAUCUGUACCAGUUGGUGACCAAGCUGGGGCCCAGUCCUCUGGGUGAGGCCAAGUGCUCUCCUCGCAGAGGAACAGCAUGAGCCAGUCCUUUGCAAUAAUGGAAUGGUACAAGAGAAACUUACCCAUCUGUAAAUGCCCUCAGGGAACACUCAAAAAACACCCGACAAGUUCCAUGCAUUGGUUUUCAUUAACUCUGCCCUGGAAACGUAGCAUUCUGGAGUUUAUUAAAUAGCUAAAUAUGGUCUGAUAACAGUAAUAAUAGUGGCAGCUAACAUUUAUUGAGGACUUACUGUGUGCCAAGCCUUGUUUUAAACACUUCGUUGACAUUUAAUCUUCCCAAGAAUCAUCCCUUAUUAAGAGAUAGAAAGUGAAAUACUGAGUUUUAGAACAACAGACAAACCAACCCAGCAAAAAACCCCUGGCACUAGGCCCUGAAGGGAUCCCUGGGUGGCACAGAUGAUUCGUGCUUGAACACUAACCAAAAGGUUGGCGUUUUGAACCUCCAGAGGCACCUCAGAAGAAAGGCCUGGCAAUCUGCUUCCAGAAGGUCACAGCCUUGAAAACCCUAAGGAGCAGUUCUACUCUGCACAUGAGGAGUUGCCAUGAGUUGGAAAGGACUUGACGACAACGGGUUUGGUGUUUGGGUUUACCAGGCCCUGUGAGGGCAGGGUUCUUUGCCCUCAAAGUGCUUGAAAUUUAAAACUGUCAGAAGAGCAUUUACAUAGACUGACUCGGUGCCGAGUGAGUAGGCCCUUUCUGUCAUGCACUAACUCAACAAGCGUUACGGAGCCUGAGCUUGGUGCCAAGUGUGGGGUGAGAUGCUGCAGACAGACAACACAGACGCCCAGCCUCCAAUCUACAGCAUCUGCAUGGAAUAAACCACAAGCCCGGGGUGCUGGGGCUGUGACAGAGACACCCCCGAAUUAGAAGAGGAGGAGGAGGAGACCGCUGAGUCUGGAAGGAUGAGGCGGAGGUCCAGAGGGCAGAGUGGAAUCGGAGGUGGAGAAGCCAGGCUGCUCCAGCCCCUGAGUGAUGAAGGCGACGAUGGUGCCCGCCUGUGGUCUCUGGUACACUGAGGGUGGAACUAGAUACCGGAUCAGAUGUUGUUUAGCACAGUGCCUGGCAGACAAUAAAAAAAAAAAAAAAAUUCGUGUUUAGAUUAAAAGAGCUUUGGAGGAGGGGCUCAAGUUGGGGUUUUUUUCAAGAAUAAUUUUAUCACAGUAAAAUAUAUAUAACAAAAUUUUGCCAUUUUAACCACUUUUAAGUGUAGAGUUCAGUGACAAUUACAUCCACUACGCUAUGCUACCAUCACCAGUGUCUGUUCCCAAGUUUGUCAUCACUCCAAACAGAAACUCAGUACCCCUUCAGCAGCAACUCCUCAUUUCUCCUUUCCCCAAACCCUUUCAUCAGUAAUAGACUUUUACCUAUUCCAGAUGUUUCAUGUAAGUGGGAUCAUACACUAUUUGUCGUUUUGUAUCUGACUUAUUUCAUUCAGCGUAAUGUUUUCAAGGUUCAUCCAUGUCAUAGCACGUAUCAGGACUUCAUUCUCUUGAUGGAUGAAUGAUAUUCCAUUGUAUGGAUGUACCACGUUUUGUUUAUCCAUUCAUCCACUGAUAGGCACUUAGGUCGUUUGCACAUUUUGGCUAUUGUGAAUAGUGCUGUAAUGAACAUUUGUGUACAAGUAUCUGUUUGAGUCGUUGCUUUCAAGUCUUUUGGGUAUAUACCUGGAAUAGAAUUGUUGGGUCAUAUGGUAAUUCUGUGUUUAACUUUUUGAGGAAUCACCAAACUGUUUUCCACGUGGCUGUAGCAUUUUACAUUCCUACCCACAAUGGACGAGGGUUCCAGUUUCUCCACAUCUUCCCUAACACUUGCUGCUUUCCAUUUUUCCUGUAAAAGCCACCCUAGUAGGUAUGAAGUGGUAUCUAAUUGUGGUUUUAAUUUGUAUUUUCCUGUUGACUGAUGACUGUGAGCAUCUUUUCACAUACUUCUCGGCUGUUUGUAAAUCUUCUUUGGGGAAACACCUUUUCAAGUCCUUUGUCCAUUUUUUAGUUGGGCUGUUUGUCUUUUUGUUGUUGAGUUGGAGGUCCCAAGUUUUGUUCAUUGAUCUUUACAUGGCUCCCUACCCCUAGCGUCAGCAUUGGCAUGUGUACCUAGUUGGUUUUCUGAUGCCCACCUGGAAGGUUUCACAGAGGCAGUGAGACCCGAGCCAACUGGUUAAAACUCAGGGCGGGGAAGAGGAGCAGGUCCCAGCCUGAGAGGGAGACCAGAGGAAAGGCCAGAGAUGGUCAGCCUACAGUGAAGCUCCUUGGCGUAGGCAGAGCAACAGACAGAGGACAUGGUGGGCAUUGCUUCUCACCCUGGAUGGGUGCCCCACAACUGUGGCUUCACGUGGGUCUGAUGUGAGGGGUUGGGGGACCUGGUUGGCUGGGGGCUUUCUCUGGGCUGCCGAGAGCUGUUUACCCACAAGCCCCCUCUCCGGCUCCUCUUUAUCAUCAUCGUGUGCAUGUUAAUUUAAACUUAGCAAGACCCAUGCCAAUGAAAACAGAGAAAAUGGGCUCUUAGCAGUUAUUUAGAUUGUAAACUUUCUCUGGAGUGUUUUUUUUUUUUUUUUUUUUCGCCCAGCAUACAAUAAUUUAUUAAGAAAGAUAAAGUGAUUUUUUGGUGUGACUUUAUAGUAGGCCCAUACAUUACCUGGCCUUCUGUUCUUCUGUUUGGGUUUGAUGUUGCUUCCAGCAUGAACUUUCAUUUACCUCCUCCUCAGGGUCGCUGGGACCACAGAGAAAAGUCCCCAUUCUCUAAUCAUUGGUCAUUCCAUAAAUACAUUGAAGCAUAAACUCCCUUCUGAAAGGGCUCAAAACUGUCAUUAAAAACUCCUUUCCGGGAAGGUAGAGUAGAUGGCAUGGAAUACACGGAGCUGAUUCUUUAAAGAUGUUAUUUUUUGAAACCACAGUUGUUCUGUCAUUUUUGUUACCCAAAGUGCAGCCUUCUGAACUUAGUGCCUGUUGUUUAUCAACGAACAGAGGGAGAAAGAAUUGAAGGAAACUAAAAACCGAAAACUCUGAAUUGUUUACAAAGUGAGGUUUUGUUUUGUUUUCUUUUUUUUAAUAUUUAUUAAGAGAAAGAACUACUUUCUUUUUUCACUCUUAAAAUUUUAAGCUCUUUCAAGUUAUGGCCAAUUUGAAAAACUUGGAGCUGGUCUUCAGGCCCAGCUGGAAGGAAAAGUCAAGAAUUAUAGUACUCUGAGCACUGGGCUGCCUGGGCUGGAAAAGUACUGACCAGAGGAGACUGUGUGACUCUGCCUUUUCCUCCUGCCCAGUAAAACCAGUAAACCAGUUGCCGUCAGUGGGAUUCUGACUCAUACAACCUCAUGUGUAUCAGAGGAGAACUGUGCUCCGUAGGGUUUUCAGUGGCUGAUUUUUCCAGAAGUAGGUUGCCAGGCCUUUUUUCCAAGGCGCCUCUGGGUAGACUAGAACUACCAAACUUUCAUUUAGCAGCCAAGUGUGUUAACUCUGUGCACCAUCCAGGGACUCCUCCCCCAUGGACAGUUGCCUGUCUACUUGGCGUGGUCACGCCCCUGUGCAGGACUGUCCGUCAGCUUUACCUGCAGCUGGGGACGUUCAAUACGAACAAAAAAGGAACCUGAGGCUCCAUGACACAUACUGCAAAGAUGCAGAGCCUUAACACAGUGCCCUUCUACUGUAAGUUGGGCACAGUGAUGCCAUGGCAGCGGGCAGAUGCCCACACUGCAAAGGCAUCUAUAUUUAGGUGUGAGGCACACGAGUGCCAAGGUAAAGACAGACACGAUCCAUGUCGUCCCAGCAGGCUGUUUGUUUUGGAACAGAAGGUUCCGUGUUUGUCCUCCAGUCUUCUGCUCACAGGCAGGGCUGUGUGGCCUGUGUGUUAGGCAGGCUCCCCAAAGCCAAGGCCGUUUGGAAGGCAUCAGAGCCCUCUCUGAAUGCCUGUCCUUCAUCCUGGGUGGCUACGUGCUACCAGGCAGGGACUGGACAGUGGGGUUUAGUAGUUGCUGUCCUGCUCAUUGUUUGCAAGCCUGUAGUUCAGCCCUGAAUGACCUAGUCAUGACCAGUGGCUCAUCCACAUUAACCUAUCCCUCUCUCUCUCCUGGCACAGCCUUCUGGGCCUGCUGGCCACACAGAGACAGAUCCCCCCUCUUUCCCAUUGCACACCUGCCACCUUGGGACCUCCUGAGUAUCCCUUCCACCUGGGAAGCACAGCUCAGCUCUUUAAGCUCAGUGGGCCUGCACCCCACCAGCAGCCCCAAGUGCGUCUGCCUGUCUCAGUUAGGCACCAUCCCCAGCCCAGAUGCCCUCUGCCUUUUCCUUCAUUUCUCCCUGGAAGGAGCCUCCACUCCAGCUGGCACUCAGUUCUCUCCUGCAUGCUCUCGCCCAAAUGCCUUUGCUCCCUCUAUCACCCCUAGCUGUGCUACCCCCUCCCCACUUGCUGUUCACUUGUCUACAGCCCCCUGGCGCGGAUCCCUUCCUCCUGGGAUGCGUUACUGGGGGCCUCCCUAGAGGCCAUGCUGGCCUGCCUUCUGGAAUGUCCACAUCUGACUUCUCCCCUGUGUAAUUCUGAUGUUCCAUCCUUCAAGGCCUAGCCCGGCCCCUUCCCUGCAGAGCCUAAGCUGACACAACCUUCUCCCUGAAGCUCAGGCUGCACACCUGUACCCAUCAGCGAUCCCCUGCCUGGUGUGAUCUGAUGUGGGCACCUUUCUCCCAGCCAGAAUGGGUGCUUGAGAGGGAAAGGGCCAGCCCAUCUCAGUCAUCUUUGUGUCCCCAGUGACACGUAGCACACCAACCAAGUCCCUAAGAUGGAACCCUUACUUCAGUGAUUCUAAAAGUCUCCAGCAUUGCCACCUCCAGAGCAGGCAGGGGAGCGUUUUCCUGGGCAGGAAAGGGAUAGAGCAGGUCUUGGAGUGAGCUCCCCUUGACCAGAUUAGGGGGCAGCAGUCCUGACUGGGGAUCUUAAACCGACUCACCAAGGGGACAGCUGUAAACCCUGUUUGAGUAUCCAGCACCUUAGAGGGCUGGCUUUGACAUUUGGAGGGGGCAAGCCCCUCUGAGGACCUCCUCUGUAUUGUAACGCUCAGGUUGAUGCUCUGUGGUGAAGGCCUGGGGCAUGCAGUAGGGUGAGGCGCCCUAAGUUCUGACUUUUAGGAGAGCUGUAGGAGCUGUUCCCAGUCCUGCCUCCCAAGAGCCUCCACGAGCACUCUGAAAACCCCCUGAACCCAAAACUUCCUGCAAGCCUUAUGCCCUCACUGUCACAGCAAAAUGAAUCAGUCCUUUUCUCAGAAUUUCUGCUGAUCCCAUACAAAAUGAGUUCCGUAGCUUAUCUUCCUCAGCAGGGAAAAAAACAAUUCCAUAUGGAAGAGGGAGAAGCUCCUUUCCAAGCAGCCUCUCAGGCCCCAGGGGCCCAGCCUGCAGAGCCCCAGAGCCUCACAGCUGCUGGGCCUGUCUCCACGGCUUCAGGAGGAAGGGGCCUCACAGCUGGCAGGGGGUCCCCAAGAUGGCCUUUCCAGCUGAGCGGGUUGGGGCCUGCCAAGCCUGCCUCUGACUUCUCAGGAUCUCUCAGGCAGCUGGUACCUGGGUGGGAGGAGUUUCAAAGAACUGCCCCAGGGCAAAGGGAGCAGGCUUGGGAGGAACCUGAGAGGGUUCCAGUCAGUUUGGAAUAACUCAUUAGGUAUGAAUUAGGAAGACCUGGUGGCACAGUGGGUGAGUGCUCGGCUGCUCACUGAAAGGUAAACUGUUCGAACCCACCAGCUACUCUGUGGGAGAAAGAGGUGGCAGUCUGCUCCCCUAAAAAUAACAGCCUUGGAAAUGGUAUGGGGCAGUUUUACUCUGUCCUGUAGGGUCGCUAUGAGGCUGAAUCAACUCAACAGCAACGGGGAGUAGUAGUAGUAAGGACUGCUAUUAGUGAGUAUAGCCAUCCCCUCAUAAAUCCUGGGGCUUCCACUUAACCCCCCGCACCCUGUCCCUGGAACAGCUGACCAACUCACUGCUGAGCCCUUUUGUUUUUUGGUGACAGAGCCUGAUUUCAGGUUAGGUCUGCCAUUUCCCAGGCUCUUUCACCGGGGCUGCAGGGAAGAAAGCCAACACUUCCGUUUCCCAAGGAAAGUGCAGAGUUGCAUGCACACCUAGGGAGGAUGUUUGUGCUCCACGGAGACCACAGCACGUUUGUUUUCAGAGUCAACGUUUGUCUGGGCACAGCCAAUCAGGAGAGUCCUCAGAGAGCUGACCCUGUCACCUCUGUAUCCGCAGGCAUGGCCUGAGCCCGUUCUGACCUAGGACAGGGCAGCCUGGGACCACCCUGCUAACCUAGGGUUCCAGGCCCAGCACUGCUGGUGACCUUCCUGAAGCCACAUCCCCUCUCUGGGCAUCAAUUUCGCUGUAACCGUGGGGGGCGGGCUUGAUGCUGUGUAAGAUCUUUUCCAUCGCUGACAUUUUAGAACUCUGAUCUUAAAUGUUUACGCUUAGCCUGUAGAUUCUACCACCAAAAUGUAAUUCAAGUAUGUCUACUUCUCCCCAUUUCUCUCAGCAACCCCGUGGUCGUAUCAUUUCCUGCUUGCAUCCAAUGGCUUGAAAUGAACCCCAUCUCCUUGCCAUGGGUUCACUGAUCACAUACUGCACGUCAUUCUGCCUCGGACCCUGCUCACUUUACCCAGUGCUCUUCUGUCAGCCCUGGAAUACAGCAAGCUCUUACCUGAGAGGGUUCCAGUCAGUCUGGAAUAACACAUUAGGUAUGAAUUAGGAAGAUCUGGUGGCACAAUGGUUAAGUGCUCAGCUGUGAUUGACUGUUCCUUCUACUUAUUCAUAUCUCAGCUUACAUGUCACCUCUGCAGAGAAGCCCUACCCAGGAUCCCUUUCUGAAGUUUGUCCUCCAUGACUCCAUGUCUCAUUCCUUGCUUAUCCUCCUUCAUGGCACUUAAGACAUGUUGGCACUAUUGUGUCUUUUUAUGUGUGAGUCUCUUGUCACCUCCACCAGCAUGUGAGCUUCACAUGGUUGGGGAACUCCGGAGGGCAAGAGCUGUACCUGUCUAGAACACUGCUGAACACCUAGCACCUAGCAUAGUGCUGGUAUACAGUAGGUGUUCAAUAAAUGUUCGUUGAAUGAAUGAGUGGUUGAAUGGAUGGAUGCGUCCUCCAUAAAGAGCUCCGUUUUCCUUCCUGGUACCUCUAUCCCAAGGAGCCCUGGUGGCAUAAUGGUUAACUACUCGACUGCUAACAGAAAGGGUGCUGAUACAGAUCCACCCAGGGGCUCUUCAGGAGGAAGUCCUGGCGAUCUGCUUCUGUAAAGAUUACAGCUUAGAAAACCCCAUGGAGCAGUCGUACUCCUCACCCUGCUAUUUGUACCUGUGACCUCAAACACAGUUGGAUGGAGAUUAAAACUCAGAUCCGUUUAAUAUUUUCAAAGGACCUGCUCAGGGCUAGGCAGGGGUUAGUGCUUCCAAUCGUUAUUUUGUUUAACCCUUGGCAACCUUCGUGAGAUUGAUGGUAGAAUGGACAUACCCAUUUUGCAGAGGGGAAAACUGAGUCUCAGAGAGAUUAAGUAACUUUGCUGAAGAUCACAGAGCUAGUGAGUAGUAGAGCCCAAAUCUGAACCUGGGACUGUCUUCACCAAGUCCAGGGCUGUUUCCUUUGUACCCAAUGCCACUGAGCUGAGGGGGAUCUGGCAGAGCAGUGGCCAUGGGCGGAGAAGGGAGCAGAGGGAGGGAAGGGUGGAGAGAGGCCUGGCAGGUCCAUGUGUGGGAUUUCAGGUUCCCUUAGUGCCCAUCUAAGGGAACCUGAAAUCCCACACAUGUAUACACGGACUCCUGGAUUGACUAAUGUCUCAUGGGUCAUGGGAACCUGACCUAAGGUCUCUGGCAUUCUUAGCUCGUGUUGUACAGAGUAUGGGGGUUUUGUUAAGAUUUGUGAUGAUUAAGGGCCCAGAAAAUGGGCUCCGUGAUGCUGCCCUUUCAACAGUGACCUGUCAGCUGCUUUGGGAAGGCCUUUCUGAGGCCAGCACUCACUCCAUCACACAGUCGUCCUUCAAGGGAUAGUUCUUUUGGCAAGACGUCCACUCGGACCCCAAGAUGCACCUAUUUGCCAGAAGCCAUGGUGGAGAAGAGAACACUGGGCAUGAAACCAGGGUUUGAAUCUCGGCUUUGCCAUUCAACAGCUGUAUGACCCUGGCCAGGUCAUCUCCCUUCUCUGAGCCUUAAGUUCUUUAUCUGUGAAAUAGCACCUAUAUAUCUCUAUGGUAGAGAUCGUUGUUGCUGCUGGUUGCCAUCAGUUCAGCCCCGACUCACGGCGACCUUGUGUAUGACAGAACGACGUGUUGCCCGGUUCUGCGCCGUCUUCAUUUUCAUUGGCAUGUUUGAGUCCAUUGCUGCAGCUGUGUGUCAGCCCAUCUCCUCAAGGCUCUCCCUCAUCUUUGUUGGCCCUCCGUAGGGUCACUAUGAGUUGGAAUCAAUGGCAGUGGGUUUGGUUUGGGUUUUUUGUCUCUACUUUACCAAACUUCAUGUCCUUUUCUAGUGAUUGAUCUCUCCUAAUGACGUGUCCAACACAAGCAAAUAAAAGUCUCACCAUGCUUAUUUCUAAGGAACAUUUUGCUUAUGUUUCUUCUAAGACCAAUUUGUUCGUUCUUUUGACAGUUCACAGUAUAUUCAAUAUUCUUUGCCAACACCACAGUUUGAAUGCAUCAGUUCUUCUUCUGACUCCCUUUUUCAUUUUCCAACUCUUCAUGCAUAUGAGGUGAUUAAAAAGAGUAGGGAUUAAAGAGUCAUAUUUGAAUGACAACUUCUGACAUGAAAUAGGCACUUAAUGAUUCUUGGAGUGAGUGAAGGAAUGCCAUCUAAGAUGUCCUCUUCCUGGAAGACAGUAGAGCUUCAUGUUCUGCUCAGCAUGAAAAGCUUUAAUUAGGCUAUUAUAUGAGGUCGAUUACCCACAACUUCCGAGAGCUUACCAAAAACAUUAAUGAUAUGAACGGGGAUUUUGUUUUUCAGGCUGUAAAGUUGUGUUCUGGAUAAUUAUAAACAGAUAACAGCGCAUACUUAUACAGAGUUGACCUUCUGUUGGGCACUGUUCUGAGCACCUUUUAUUCAUUAACUCGUUUAAUUGUCACAACAGCCUUAUGAGGGAGAUACCAUUUUUGUCUUCAUUUUUCAGAUGAGAAAAGAGAUACAGAAAGUAAGUUUCCCCUGGGGACACAGCUAGGAGGUGGCAGAGCUGGGAUACAGCACUGGGAGUCUGGCUUCAGAGACUCAGCUCAUAGCUCCUAGGCUAAACCAAUGGUGUUGAUUGGUGACCAAAGGGGGCAUCAUAUCCAGGGUAAGAGAAUGCGUCCCAUUUAGUGAGGAAGCGAGGAAACGCUAGAUUGUAGCAAUUCUGUUCUGCUUAAAACAGUUGGGAAAUAAGACUUCUAGAUAAAAUGGUUAGGAAACUGUUCCCGUACUUAAAAGGCAGAAUGGGCCCCACGUCAGUAUUGACCACCCUCUGCCUUCUUGGAAAAGGACACAGUAUUCCUCUUGUUAAAUUUUUUGGCAGUUAUUAUAAAUAUAUAUUUAUAUUCUGUGAACCUCCUUUUUAAAGUUGCUUUUUUUUUUUUGCUAAAUUAUCAAAAUUAUUGAGGUGUAAGGUCACUGGGUGGCACUGAUGGUUUGCUCUCAGCCAUUAACCUAAAGAUUGGUGGUUCAAACCCACACAGCAGAGCUGCAGAAGAAAGUCUUGGCAGUCUGCUUCUAUAAAGGUAACAGCCAAGAAAACCGUAUAGAACUCAGUUCUGCUGUGUAGCAAUGUGGUUACCAAGAGUCAGAAUCGAUUCAACAGCAAUUUUUUUUAAUUGAGGUGUAAUUUACCUACAAUAAAAUCCAUUCAUUUUAAGUGUACAUUUCUGAGUUUUGACAAACUGACACACUUGUGUAACUACCACCAUAAUCAAAAUAUAGAAGAUUUCCAUUAUCCCAAAUGGUAUGGGUUGCCUUGUGGCCCUUUCUAGUCAAUUCCUCCACUGCCUAGCCCCAGGCAAACAAAAAUCUGCUUUCUGCCACUAUGGAUUAGAUGUAUCUUUUCUAGAGUUUCAUAUAAAUGGAAUCAUAUAAUAUGCACUCUUCUGUCUGGCUUCUUUUGCUCAGUAUAAUACUUUUGAGAUUCAUCCAUAUUGUUGCAUGUAUGGGUAGUUCUUCAGGUAGUAUCCCAUUGUAUGACUAUAUCAUAAUUUGUUUGUUCACUAUCUAUUGAUGAACAUUUGUGUUGUUUCCUGUUUGGGGCUAUUAUGAAUAAAUAUCCAAUGAACGUGUAAGGACAUACUGUUUUUAUUUCUCUUGGGUGAAUGACUAGAACUGGAGUUGACAGGUCAUAUGGUGUAUGUUUAGCUUUUUAAGAAACGGUCAAACUGUUCUCCAAAGUGGUUGUACUAUCUUGUAUUCCCACCAACAGUGUAUGAGAGUUCUGGUGCUGCAUGUCUUAGCCACCUAGUGCUGCUGUAACAGAAAUACCACAAGUGGAUGGCUUUAACAGACAGAAGUUUAUUCUCUCACAGUCUAGUAGGCUAGAAGUCCAAAUUCAGGGUGUCAGCUCCAGGGGAGGGCUUUCUCUGUCGGCUCUGGAGGAAGGUCCUUGUCAUCAAGGUUGGAACAGCAACUCUGCUCUCUCGGCUUUAGGCAGACCAUUCUCCUAGUCCAUCUGAGUGGUGACUCCGCCCUUAGAAACACCAGAGGCCAUGGCCCCACCCUUUGAAACCCCAGAGGUUGUGGCCUUACCCUUUGAGACUGAGGCAGCUCAACUUCCUGUGUUCCUUGUCUCUUCAGCUUCUGCUUCCUGGUUCCUUGGCGUCUUGGCCCCUUGGGCCUCAUGCCCGCAUCUGCCAUGCUGGGCCAAGUGUUCCAAAACUCUGUAGCUCCACCAGAAGUGCCUGGAGGCACCCCCCUCCACAAGGAAACUUCCUGCACAAAGGCACUCAGCUCUCUUACUCGGCUGUCUGGCGCCGGUCUCCUGGCUCUGUCUGCUGCUGCUGGUUCUCUGCUCCUUCUCACUCACCAUCUGCGCCAUCUCUGGUGUUAACAUUUCUCCUCACUUCCUUCUGAGUCCUCUACCCAUUCGCAGUUUCAAAACAGCUUCCACAUUUUAGGUAUCUGUUAGAACAGCAGCCCAUUCUCUCGGGACCAAAUUCUGUCUUAAUCAUCUAGUGCUGAUGUAACAGAAAUACCAAAACUGGAUGGCUUUAACAAGCAGAAGUUUAUUCUCUCACAGUCUAGUAGGCUAGAAGUCCAAAUUCGGGACGUCAACUCCAGGGUCAGGCUUUUUCUGUCGGCUCUGGAGGAAGGUCUUGUCAUUAAUCUUCCACUCGACUAGGAGCUUCUCCGUGCAGAAACCCUGGGUCCAAAGGACACACCCUGCUCCCAGCGCAGCUUUCUUGGUGGUGCGAGGUCCCCCUGUCUCUCUGCUUGCUUCUCUCUUUUAUAUCUCAAAAAGAUUGUCUCAAGACACAAUCCAGUCUUGUAGAUUGUGUCCUGCCUCAUUAACAUAACUGCUGCCUCUCCCACCUCAUUAACAUCAAAGAGGUAGGAUUUAUAACACAUAGGAAAAUUAUAUCAAUCACAAAAUGGAGGACAGUCACAUGAUACUGGGAAUCAUGGCCUAGACAAAUUGAUACACAUAUUUUUGGGGGACACAAUUCAAUCCACCGCACAUCCUCACCAACACUUGGAACUGUAAGCCUUUUUAGUUUUAGCCAUUUGAGUGAGUAUGUAGUGGUAUCUCAUUAUAGUUUUAAUUGCAUUUCUCUGAUGAUAGUGGAUGUUGAACAUCUUUACAUGUCCUUAUUUUCUAUAUGUUUGUCGUCUUUUAUGACAUUUCAUUCAAAUCUUUUGCCUAUGUCUUCAUUAGAUUAUUAUGUAUCUUAAUAUUGAGUGAUAAGCGUUCUUUAUAUUUUCUAGACAUAAAUCCUUUAUCAGAUAUAUGUAGUGCAAAUAUUUUCUCCAUGUCUUUGGGUUGCUUUUUCAUUUCCUUAAUGUUGUAUUUAAGAGAGAAAAAGGUUUUAAUUUUGACAAAGUCCAGCUUAGUGAUUUUUCUUUUAUGGUUUGUGCUUUUGGUGGUGUCCUAAGAAAUGUUUACCUAUCCCAAAGUCUCAAUGAUUUUCUUCUUACGUUCUUUAGUAGAAGUUUUAUACUUUUAGCUUUUAUAUAUAAGCCCAUGAUCCAUUUCAAGUUAAUGUUUGUGUGUAUGGUGUGAGGUAAGGGUCAGGGUUCAUUUUUUUUUUCCUGUGGAUAUCUAAUUAUUUCAGCACCAUUUGUUGAAGACUGUUCUUUCCCCAUGGAAUGGACCUGACACUGUUUACAGUCAGUUGAUUCAAAUACGUAGGAGUCUAUUUCUGGACUCUGUUCUUUUCUGCCCUUGUCUCAGUACCACACUGUCUGGCUACUGUACCACCAGUUGCUGUCAAGUCAACUCCAACUCACGGUGACCCCAUGUGUGUCAGAGUAGAACUGUGCUCCAUAGGGUUUUCAAUGGCUGAUUUUUCAGAAGUAGAUUUCCAGACCUUUCUUUUGAGGUGCCUCUCUGUGGACUCGAACAACCAACCUUUUGGCUAGCAGGCAAGCACAUUAACCAUUUGGCUCUAUAGGUUUAUAGAAAGCCAAGGGGCCUGCAUCUGUCUACUUACUUGGUCUCUGAUCAUCAGGCCCAGUGGCAAGGCCCAUGCAGGAGAGACGAAACAUUUUUGCAAAUGCCUUCCUGGAUUGACUCAUGUCCCUGUCCUGAGAUUCCAGGUCACCUGCAUUGGCUUGAUUGAAAGUUUCAAAAUGAUCUCUUCUCACCAAACGAAGUCUGUGUGUGUUCAUAUUCAAUGUUCACAUCAUCCAGAGCUCUGAGCAUUCGAGACUUUCUCCCUUCUCUUCUCCCUCCCUCCAAUGUUAACCCCAAAAGCCCUCUGAGGGAGAGAUCAAAAAUGCAAAGUGUCUGCCUUUUUAAAGAGGUACUUUUCAAAAAGUUUUCUAAGGGACUUUAAAUAAGAGCUGCAUAAUGGAAACCAUUUUGCAACCUCCAGCAUGGCCAUUUAUCUCAAUAACCAUUUCAUUUAAAAUGUGGGCCAAACAUAUAAAUCAUAUCUUGAAAGAAAGUAUGUUGGUGCCACAAAAAUUACCCUGUAUUCUUUACCACCUAAUUUAAAAAAUGUGUUUUGAAGCUUGGAAGAAAGCAAACAAGCCUGGGGCCUGGCCGCCUUCUCCCACACGUCCCCUUCCUGCAGUGGGUCCCGAAAUAAAUUCCCGCUCCUCCCAUGCGAAGGAGAGAAGUGGAAGCGCUGAAUAGCACAUCCUGUUAGUCACUCACUACUGCUGCUAUUUUGAAACCUCACUCCUUUUAAUGUCACUUGGUAAUUAGGAGUUGAGAACCCAAAACCAGCCUGCUACUCACCAAAGUUUGGGCUUGUCUCAACCUCCAUCUGAGAAUUCAGUCGUGCCCUUGUAUUUAGGCAAUAAAUGCUCUCGAGUUAGAGCUCAUGGAUAUUCGGGCUUAUUUAACAACAUUCUCAGGAGGAAGGGUGCUAAAAGUCACUGGGCCCUCAGGCCCAUUUUCCAAACUAAUAAGAUGGGGGAGCGGAGACAUUCAGCAGCCUGUCGGCUAUGGGCUGGGAAUUCCAGGGCCUUCCACGAGAAACUCUACUAAGAAAUCAUGGCUAAAAUGGCAGCUUCUCCAUCAGCAGAUGAAUGGGUGAGCAACAUGCAGUAUACCCAUACAGUGGGAUAGUACUCAGCCAUAAAGAGAAAUGCAGUCCUGCCACAUGUCACAACACUGAUGAACUUUGAAAACAUCAGCUGAGUGAAACAAGUUGUCAUGGAUUGAAUUAUGUCCCCCCAAAAAAGUGUGUAUCAGUUUGGCUGGGCCAUGAUUCCGGGUCUUAUGUGAUUUUCCUAUAUGCUGUAAAUCCUGCCUCUACGAUGUUAAUGAGGGGGGAUGGGUGACAGUUGUGUUAGUGAGGCAGGACUCAAUCUACAAGAUUGGAUUGUGUCUUGAGGCAAUCUCUUGAGAUGUAAAAGAAAAGCGAGCAGAGAGAUGGGGACGUCAUUCCACCAAGAAAGCAGUGCUGGGAGCAGAGCACAUCCUUCGGACCUGGGGUCCCUGCGUGGAGAAGCUCCUAGUCCAGGGGAAGAAGGCCUACAGAGAGAGAAAGCCUUCCACUGGAGCUGACGCCCUGACUUUGGACUUUUAGCCUACUUUACUCUGAGGAAAUAAAUUUCUCUUUGUUAAAGCCAUCAACUUGUUGUAUUUCUGUUAUAGCAGCACUAGAUGACUAAGACACAAGUCAAACACAAAAGAACAAAUAUUGUAGGACAAAUAUUGUAGGAUCCCACUUAUAUGAAGUAGACAGACACAGAGAGGCCAGAGUUUAUUGGGGGUUUCCAGGUGUGGCAGAGAGGGGGAGAGGGGAGGCAUUGCUUGGGGGUGCUGAGCUUCUGUUAAGGUGGUAGAACAGUCUGCAGAUGGGUCCUGGUGAUGGUUGUACAUCAUGAUGAACAUAAUCAACGUUGCUGAAUUGUACACGUAAAAAUUGUUGAAUUGGCCAAUGUUUGGUCGUAUAUAUUUUUACCACAAUUAAAAGCGGGGAGGGGAGUGUAGAAUCUGCCCCCCUGGCAGGAGGGUUUUUAUUUUGCUUCUCAGAAUUUCAUGGGAGGGGAAAACAGAAGAAACUCCAGGUAUUGCAUACUGUGGCCUGGGCUACGCUGUGCAGUCCUCAUCUCAGCGUCCCCAGAGAUGUCCGUUCUUUACCUGUGGCUGCUGCAUAAAAGUGAGAUGGGAGCGCUGUAACUCAAGAGAAUAAAAUUCAUGCCCAAAACCCCACCACUCAGAGCUUGUGGUUCUGUCGUGCUUUCUAGUUCCAGCCUUUUUAAAAACUUUUUACCGUGUUUGUCUAUGUAACAGGGGUCAGACUGAACAUACAGCUUUAUUUUCUUCAUAGAACACAUAUCAUUGUCUCAUAUCAUUAAAACUUGUUUGAAAACGUGUUUAAUGCCAGCAUAGUACUCUGUCCUAUGUGUGGGCCACACUCUCCCCCACCCAGCCCCAUCCACACAGUCUGGGAAGGGCAGGGACUCCAGCGCCCUGGAGGGUGACAGGAGGGAGCAGAGGUCAGGCAGGUUGGAGCGGCUUUGUGGGGUGGGGGUCAGGACCAGCCCAGCAGUUUCUCUUUUCUAGCCAGAGGAUGGCCUCUGCCCCACCGUGGGAUGCACCUUCUCCCCCUGUCUCCCUGUGCCCCUGUCCCCUGGCCUUGGAGGCUCACUCAGCACUUGGUAGGGUGGCAGGAAACAAGCAGCUGUUCUCAGGUGGCCUGUCCCAGAACCUCCCUGCCUCCAAGGUGUCACAGAUGGAGGGGUGCAGCCUCCAGCCUGUCCUCCAUUUCCCCCUCUUUCUCCCAGCUUAGUAGCAGCCCUGCAUUCUUCUCUCUCUGCUUCCCUUCUGUGCCACCUUUAGGAUGAUGCCUCCUCCAGGGCAUCCUGCCCACACGUCUGUGUCUCGGGCAGCCUUGCUUUUGGUGCAGGAGCCGGAACUUUGGCACCACUGACAUGGUCUCACAGUUUACUUCGUGCAGCCUGGGGUGUUGGCCUGUCUUUCUCCUUCUCUGGGUUUAGGUUCAGAGAUGUGAGGCAUGACCCCCGCCCCGCACCUCCCCAACAUUGCCAGUGGGGGUGCUGAGAAGAUUGGGGCCGCGAUCCCCCAAAGGUGGCACGUGCACUCCUCCUGUGAGCACAGACCCCGACCAGCGCCUCCUCCCCAAUCAUCAGCUGUGUGGCCACAGUCGGAGGAGACAUCCUUCUGACCCCACCACAGCGGAGGGCAGCCUGCCCUGCUGCUGCUGCUGCUGCUGCCGCCAACAUAAAGCAUUUCCCUUCUCCUUCCUCUCUCCUCACCUUUGGCUGCCCGGUGUUCUUUGUCUAAGUCAUUCUUUGCCUCUUACUAGCUGCCUAGGCCAGGAGUAUUUCUUUCUAGUAAAACUGUAGCCUGGUUCCUAAAACUUUUGGGGCAGUGGGUAUGGUAGGCAGUGCACAUGGUCCUGAAUUGCACCUGGAGAUUGGAAUGCUUACUGGAAACUUCACCGGAAGAUUCUAGAGCAGAAGUUGUCCCAAAAGUUCUAGCUGCCUCCUCUCCCCCCAGCCUUCAGAGGCCUGGUGUCUGGACCAUGGCUAGGUUUGGGGCUGGGUCUUAAUUCUUCUCCCAAACCUGGUGCUCUGCAUCAGGCCAGACUAGACAGAGGUAGAAGGCAGUGCCUAGGGUACAGGGGUGCACAGGCAGGCAUCUUUCAAAAGUGAGGUAACAAGUGUGGUUGUGUAAAAAAGGGUAAGUGCGGACCUUGAGCGUGGUGGAGGGGGCUCAUUCAGUCUCUACUGAAGGAGGGUGUAGGUGUGGUACCUGGUUGAGAGGGGCUGCUGGUGACAGACAGACGAGUACCUGAGUGUCUCCCUGCAGCACAUGAGGGAGCAGACGCGGGGCCAACUUGUGGCCUACUGUCUGCUGUCUCUCUGUGCUCUUGUUUGUUCCUUAAGGCCAGUCACCUGGCACAACAGGCCUAGACAGUUCACAUCGGCCACCCUUAGGGCAGAGGGACUUCGAAGGAUCUUGAAUCCUUGGGUCCCGUAGCGCAGACAUGAGCACAGGGGCGAGCGGCCAGCCUGCUCCUUCCUGGACUGACUGCAGCUCCAGGGCUUACAGGGUCCCUGCGCCCUGUCCUUUCUUACCAGUCUACUGCCUGCCUCGCCCCGUGGGCACUUCAGGGGUCGGCACAGAGGGGCAAGGAGGUGGCUCCUCCAGCCCCAGUUCUGAGAGAGUGGGCAGGUUUCUUUUUUCUUUAACUUUUUUUAUUGUGAUUAAAAAGGUGGUACGGUGGUUAAGCACUUGGCUGCUAAACAAAAAGUUGGCAGUUCGAACCCACCAGCCUCUCCACAGGAGAAAGAUGUGGCUAUGUGCUUCUGUAAAGAUUUACAGCCUUCGAAACCCUAUGGGAAGUUCUGCUCUGUCCUAUAGAGUCACUAUGAGGUGGAAUCGACUCAACAGCAACGAGUUUGGUUUUUAUUGUGGUUAAAAAACGUGUAUACAUCUAUAUAAUAAAAUUUGCCAUUUUAACUAUUUUUAAGGGUAUAACUCAGUGGCUCAUGGCAUUCUUAAAAUAUAUAUAACAAAUCAUUUGCCAUUUUAACCAUUUUUAAGGGCACAAUUCAGUGACAUUAAUUACAUUCACCAUUAUGCAGCCAUUGCCACUGUCUCUAAAACCCAGUCUUCCCCCCAAACAGAAACUCAGCCCCCCUUACGCAGUAACUCCCCAUUCUACCCUCUCCCCCAGCCUCUGGUACCUCUAGUCUACAUUUGUCUCUAUAGAACAGGGUUAUUUCUGAGCUGGCGCCUCUGGGUGGUACAGUUAACAGUCUCGGCUGCGAACUGAAAGGUGGGAGGUUUUAGUUCACCCAGAGUUGUCUCAGGAGAAAGGCCUGAUGGUCUGCUUCCAGAAACUCAGCCACUGAAAACCCUCUGCAGCAUAGUUCUGCCCCUGACGCAUAUGGGGUCGCCAUGAGUCAGAGUCGAGUCUACGGCAGCUGGUUUUUUGGGUUUAUUUCCAAGCUGGCUCAGGUCCCCACAGUGUGACAGGAGCCCCAGACAGGAACCUGGAAAAUAGGUAGUCAGGACCAGGGCCUUCCCCAGUGCCACCUCCCUGUGGCUUCAAACAAGGAGCCAGCCCUGGAAAGUUAUUUGGAGAGGCAGGAGGGGAGAGUCUUCUUCACCACAGGAGAGCGCACAAGAGCCCUAAGGGAGAGAGGAGCCCUAAGGGAGAGAGGAGCUCCCAAGCUGGGGGGUGGGAGGAGGCCAGGGUUGCUGAAAUCAAGUGGUGAGAAGGGAGCGUGGUGGAAGGUAAGCUUGAAGAGGUCACCAGGCCAGGGCAUCUGGCCUAGUGGUUCAGGGAGGAGUUUGUGUCCCCCUCUCCCUACGUGCCAGUGGAAACUUUGAAGGAUAUAAAACUGGGGCAGACCCAACGGGAUUGUUUGUGGAGGAAACUAGUCUGGUGCUGUGUAGGUGGAAUGGUGUUGUGGAGACCCAAGAAGAAUGGCCAGGAGCCAUGGAUGCCCAUGGGGUUCCUGUUUUCUGGGUGGCCACCAAUGGCCUAAGAGGUGGCCCUGGAAACAGCCCUCCCACCCCGCCAAGAUCCAGGCUGAGGCCCUGUUGGGUGUGAAGUAGGGUCUGCUCAGCCUCCCUGACCUGCAGCCUGAGCCUCCUGUUCCUCCUGCCUCUCUAUUCUCCCUUUCUCCUGCCAGGCUGCCUCCUCCCCCCUUCCUGUCCAUAAACCCGAUCUAGGAUGUCAUCGACCAAGCACAGGACCAUGGUCCCCCAGGCUGUGCUAAGGUUCCUGGGAGGAUGCCUGCCUCACAGCUUCUCACCUUGAGCAGCCCCAACCGGUCUGGUUUUCCUGGGGGGAUGCUUCUCUCUGGUUGGAUGCCUCUGGAAUAUUUUUUGUGUGUGGUAAAAAUAUACAUAACAAAAUAUUUGCUAAUUUCACAAUUUUUACAUGUACAAUUUGGGGUUUACAAUUCAGUGGCAUAAUGAUUAAGCGUUUGGCUGCUAACCUAAAGGUCGGAAGUUCGAACCCACCAGCCGCUCCUCGGGAGAAAGAUGUGGCACUCUGCUUCCAUAAAACCCUAUAGGGCAGUUCUACUCUGUUCCUAGAGGGUCGCUAUGAGUUGGAAUCAACUCAACAGCAAUGGGUUUGGGGUUUUUUUUAGUAUGUUAUCACUGUAAUGCACAAUGAGAUUAAUUUGCUUUCGUCUACGUUUAAUUGCAGGAUUUGGCUUUCAGUUUCUUUUUGGCAACAGCUUUAUUGAGACAUCAAUUCAUAUACCAUAAAAUUCACCUAUUUAAAGUAUACAAUUCAGUGAUUUUUAAUACAGUCAUGUGUUGCUUAACAUCCACGGUACGUUCUGUAAAAUAAGACGUAAUGCGAUUUGGACCUUGUGUGAACACCGUAUUAUAAGCAAAGCUAUAUGGUUUCUCUUCCAAACUGAUACUUCCCCUUUGCCUCUUGCUGCUUCUGUCACUAGCACGGGUUUUGCUGCAUUUGGGAGUCAUGAUGCAUUUCACAAUAAUGUUUCUGAAAGAAAAACAGAGAGAUAACACUGCAACCCCCUAAAAAUGCACAGUACAUGAGAUUGGAUGUUGCUGCCUAACGAGAGUUGAAGCAUACACUUAUACGGUAAACUUUUUAUUUGUGAGUAGGGAAAGUUCAUGUAAAAUAACGAUAGAAAGUACAGUACAUACCUAAGCCAGAAACAUAGGCAUUUAUUAUGACUAUCAAGACAUAGAUGUCAUACAUGAUAUAAGUACUGUACCGUUAUACUCCUGGCAGUGCGAUGGCUUUGUAUACAAGAGACAAGAGAUGCAUGUGUUGAAUGCAGCAAGUUGUCGCAUUCCCUACGUCCAGUUACAUUGGUUAGUCCCGUUCUCCAAUUGGGAUUUCUGAGCUCUAUUAUAACCUUAUGGGACCACAGACAUAUAUGUGGUCAGAUGUUGCCCAAAUGGAUAUUAUAUGGCACAUGACCGUAUAGUCACAGAAUUAUACGACUGUCAUCACAAUCAAUCUUAGAACAUUUUCAUCACCUCAAAAAGGAACCCUGUACCCUUUAGCUGUCACCCCCAGCCCUCCCAUCUCCGCAGCCUUAAGUAACCACUAAUCUACUUUCUGUCUCUGUGGAUUUGCCUAUUCCGAACAUUUCAUGUAAAUGUUUUCGUACAAUAGGUGACGUUUUAUGUCUGGCUUCUUUGACUCAGCCUUAUUUUUUCAAGGUUCAUCCAUGUUGUAGCAUGUACCAGGACUUCAUUUCUCUUUAUGGCUGAAUAAUAUUUCAUCAUAUGGGUAUACCACAUUUUGUCCAUCCAUUCGUCUGUCGAUGGACAUUUGGGUUGUUUCCACUUUUUGGCUAUUAUGAAUAAUGCUACUGUGAACAAUUGUGUACAAGUUUUUGUGUGAACGUAUGUUUUCCUUACACCCUAAGAGCAGAAUUCCUGGGUUAUAUGGUAACUCUGCUUAACAGUUUUAGGAGCAGCCAGACUGUUUUCCUAAGUGGUUGUACCAUUUCACAUUCCCACCAGCGGUAUACGGAGGUUCUGAUUUCUCCACAUUCUCACAAAGGCUUAUUAUCGGACUUUUGGGCUCUAGCCAUCCUACCAGGUAAGAGUGGUAUCCCAUCGUGGUUUUGAUUUGCCUUUCCCUGAUGAGCUGGGAUCCACUGGAUGGCAACGGGGAUGGAUGAUGAAUGACACUGAGCAUCUUUUCAUUUGCUUUUUGGUUCCUUUGGAGAAAUGUCUAAUCAGAUCUUUGCCCAUUUUUAAAUCAGUUUAGUUUUCUUUUUAUUAUUGAGUUGUGUUCUUUAUAUAUUCUGGAUACAAGUACCUUAUCAGAUAUAUUAUUUGCGAAUAUUUUCUCCCAUUCUGUGGGUUAUCUUUUCACUUUCUUCAUAAAAAACCAAGAACACCUGUUGCCACUGAGUAGAUUCCGUCUGAUAGGACUCUAUAGAACAGAGUAGAACUGACCCUAAGGUUCCCAAGGACUUCCUGGUGGAUUUGAGCUGCCGACCUUGUGACAGCAGCCAAACUCUUAACCGCUUUGCCACCAGGGCUUUAAAGCACAUAAGUUUUUUAUUUUGAUGAAGUCUAAAUUUACCUAUUUUUUUCUUUGGCUGCUUGUGCUUUUUGUGAUUUUUUUUUUAAUUUAUUUAAUUAUUUAAAUAUGUAAAACAUUUACUUGAUUCUGGAAUUAAAAGGUAUCCUAAAAGCAGUCUCACCUCUAUUCCCAUAUCAUUUAUUAUAAAGUCUGUCUUUUGCUAAUGAUUUGAGAUCAGAUUCCCCGGACCUUUAUCACUAAAAUACUAAAUUUCCGUAUAUACUUAGACUUUCUAUUUCUGGGCUCCUUUUGUUCCAUGGGAAACCCUGGUGGCGCAGUGGUUAAGAGCUACUACAGCUGCUAACCGAAAAAAGAUCCACAGUUCGAAUCCACCAGGCACUCCUUGGAAGCUCUAUGAGAGCAGUUCUACUCUGUCCUGUAGGGUAGCUUUGAGCGGUUUUGUUCCAUUAGGGCCAUCUGUUUAUUCUUAUGCAACUGCAACCCUCUUUGAAUUAUGGAGGCUUUAGGAUAUGUCUGAACAUACAUAGUAGGCAACUCCCCUCAUUGCUCUUUUUCAAAGGUUUUCUUAGGUCUUCUUGCUUAUUUAUUUUUUCUGUGUAAACUUUAGAACCAGCUUGUCUGGCUGCAGAAAAGAUACUUGUUGAUUUUUUAAAAUUAAGACUGUGUUAAAUUUAUAUGUUAACUUGGGGAAAGUUGACAUCAUGUGAUGUGGAAUCGUCCUAUACAAAGGCCAGGCGUGUUUCCCAAUUCAUUGCUGUUGACUUUUAUUUGUUUCCUAAGUCAACACUCUUGCAGCCUAUUAUAACUUUUUUUUUUAAAUAUAGAUUUUGUACAUUUCAUGUUAGAUUUACUCCCUGGUAAUUUCUCUGUUCUGCCACUCUUGUAAAUGUGUUCUUCUCUUUCAUUAUGUUUUCUAACUGGAUGUUGUUUGUAUAUAGGAAUGCUGUCAUUUUUUGUUGUUUUUAAUUUUAUGUCUUGCCAUCUUACUGAAUAUGCUUACCGUUUGCAUUUGUUUUAUUUUCUUGGGUUUUCUAGGUGUACUUUCAUAUCAUCUGCAAAAGGAGGUCAUUUUAUCUCUUCCUUUGAGUAUGAGUGUUCUUAAAGAUUUACAUUACAUAUAGGCAAAUAGCUUCUUUUAAAAAAUAUGGUACCAAUUUAUACCUCUCCUGGCAGCAUUUCACCAUACCCUUGCCAGCACCGAGUAUUAACAUUUUUAAAAAUCUUUGCCAAUAUACUCUUCCUUCACUGAGAGGACAUUUGCUGCACACCUCUCUCUGCCAAGUGUCGUCCCAACAGAGCCCAUCCUGCCCUUGUCCAUAUUCCAGUCGGAGGCCAGGCUUAGCUUCUUCAGGUUUAAGAUGAAGACUGCAGCUGCCUUCUGGGCCCAGCGGGCAGGAACAGGACAGGCUGCCCCAGUGGAUAAAGCCGUCUCUGACCCAGGGGACCCAUUCUGGAAAAUCACUGAGCUGUUAUGUAAACUCCAUUCCCCCCGCACCCCCCUUCUGUAGCAUCAUAAUAAGCCCUUCCAGUUAUUAUGGGCUGUCCUGCUUGACCCCUGCACAGCCCAGAUGGUGCCAGCAUCGUCAGCAUCCUCACUUUUCAGCAGCUGAAGUGACUGACUGAAGCUCCCAAGGAACAAGGGGUGCUCAGGGCUGAGACACUGCUUCCCCCAGCUCUUUUACAAGUGGAUAAAAUGGGUCGAGGCUUCUGGGGGUUCCUAUUUCCCAUAAAGCCCACAAUGGGCCCAGCAUCCCAAAGGCCCGUCUGUGGACAGCCCUGUUUUCACAGGCCUGCCCUGCCUGACUGGGGGCCCCUGGAGGUCCUAGAGGCCCCAGCCUACAGGCUCAGCCCCAUUCUCCUCCAUCCUGGCCUGGCAGGCCUGUUCUUCAGUCCCCCAACCAUGGCACCUCCUCCUGCUCAUAGGCCUUUCCCACCACAGCACUCUUGCUCUGAGCUGUACUAGCCGUGUGGUCUUGGUCAGCUCGCCUUACCUUCAGGAGUGUUUUUGUCCCUGCCUCGCAGGUUGUGGUGUGGGGUGAGUGGGGGUCCUUGUGCUGGGUCUGCAGGGUGCAGGGCACAGGGGAGGGGCUCCAUAAAUGUAUGGGUAAUUGAAUGAGAGCUGGGGGAAAAGGGGGGGAAUUCCACCACAAACCCACUAGCUGGUCAGUUCCAUGACAGACUGUCAGAACUGGAAGACCAUCUGCCCCAAACAAAAAACCAAGCCCACUGUCGUCCAGUCAACUCCGACUCAUGGCGACCCUAUUUGUUACAGAGUAGAAGUGCUCCGUAAGGUUUUCUCGGCUGUAACCUUUACAGAAGCAGACUGUCAGGCCUGUCUUCUGCGACACCAUUGGGUGGGUUCAUACUGCUAACCUUUGGCUUAGUAGCCAAUUGCAAAUGGAUUGCAAGUAUUUGUGCCAAACAGGGACCUAUCCAUCAGACCUAAUGCAGUUUUUGUUGGAAAUUCAGCCAACUCCCCCUCCUGGAGCUAGGUAGGGG